GACGUCAUCAGCAGGCGGGUUGUACGGACAGUAACCUUGUGUGGAGGUGACGGCGCAUGCGCGGUGUGCAGCUGGGGGAACCCACGUGUGACAGUGAGAGGUGAAUUGCAGGCAGCAGUUUGGUCUCCAUUUAGUCAUCAUGUCCUGGUUAUUCGGGAUCAAUAAGGGGCAGCCUGACCCCACCAACAUCCCCGGCUACCCUGCCCCCCCUGCUGCCCCUGGGGGUGAUGGGGAUGGAGGAGACAAGAACAAACCCAAGGACAAAUGGAGUAACUUUGACCCCACCGGCCUGGAGAGGGCAGCCAAAGCAGCCAGGGAGCUGGACCAGUCCCGUGAGUGUGGAGGAGGGGUUAUUAUAUUAUAUGGGACCUGUCACUGUUAUCAAUAAUAUUAAUAAUAAUAAUAAUAAUAAUAUGUUAUUACUAAAUUCAGAAUACAGCUUUAAAAAUCACCCAUAAGUUGUAUUAAACAAUUUUUUUUCCCCCCCAUUUGAUGCUCAGUUUUCCUUUAAAUGUAAAUUAAAUUUAAAGGCAGCCAUUGACAUUACAAUCCUGCUUAGUCGUGGCACAGCCAAGGCACGCAUUGCAUUGGAGUAAGAGAAGCAGGGACAUUUCUCAUUCUCCACAUAUUGUAUUCUAUGACAGAAAAGGACUCUCAGCAUCACACCAAGGACUGACCGGGAGCCAAGAUGGAGGAUAGAGUUGGAUAUUUAUUUUGCAGAGCUUACAAACUAUUUAAUAUAGAGGAUAAGUUAAGAAAAUAAACGUACUGGGAAAUGACUGUUCCUGUUAAAGUAUAAAUAUAAUGAAUGUAUACAGAGAAGUCAAAAUUAAAUAUAUACACUAGAGGCAUACAGACCACUUCAGCUUAUUGAAGAGGUCUGGAUCAAUAUCCCUGUCCCUUUAACCCUGCAAUGUUAUUAAUGCUGGAUUUAAAUGUGUAAAUCGAUAUAGUGUAAUUGACAAUUAAACUGUUGGCUAUUUGUAAUGGCUAUUCUUUGGAAAAGUCAUUGCCAGCUAUGAUGGACUUCUGUCUUUGCAUAAUUGACAAUGAGGUCCACCAUUACACGGGAGUCCGGUGAUGACUGUAUGUGUACAUAUGUUUUAUGUGUAUAUAUUUCAUUUCUUAUGGCCAAUUUUGGAUUGUUCUGAAAUGCUGUGCACUACUGUAACACUGCAGGGUGCAAGACACUUGCAGAACAUUUCAAUGUUCUCCUUUAUAUCCAUCUCAUUCAUUGAUUUAUACUAUGGGUGUUACAAUAUUCAAAUAAAUUUAUACCUUCCAUGGGUAUGCAAUUUAUUCAAGUGUAUGUUCAAAAUAGCCUUCAGAACAAUUUCUUAUAUUUAGCUGAUUAACAUUUGUUUUGGACUGCAGUUAAUAAACAUGUUAUAUUAAAAAUUAAUGUAUUUUCUUUGUUUGCCUUUCCUUUACACAUGAGAAGUUAUACCACAAUUAAAUAAUAUAGUCAGCUGAUGGCUGACUUUUACGACCUUGAAGAAGAGUGAUCUCUUUGGUCCAUAUCAAAGGUUGUCCUUAUGUUUGGGCUUGUUGUGCCAUUGCUUUUGUAGAAAUGCUCCAUAUCUCUUAAUACUGGGGGCACUGUAGGCACCCAGACCAUUUCAUCUCAUUGAAGGGUCUGGGUGCACUGUCCCCUUAAGCCUGGAGCUGAAAACAUUGCAGAUUUAAAGAUACUGCCAUGUUUACAUUGCAGGGUUAAGGCUGGCUCUGUCUACCAGACAGCCACCAUAGGCGCCUACUGUUCCUGCAGUUUCGCAGAGUUUUACUCCGUGAAAUGACGCUGUAUGGCCUCACGCUUUGCAAGAGGACAUCCAGUCAAUACCUUCCUAUUGGGAAGGCCUAAUGUGCUCACGGUGCUCACUGUGCAUGCGCACUAGGUUCCUGGAUCUCUCUGACAUCGCAGGAGGAGGAGCCAGAUUAAGCAUCGAUGGACUUCGGCAGUGGAAUCAUGUAAGUGGAAGAAAAGUGUUUUUAACCAUUUCUUGAUUGAGUGGUGGUGCAGAGGGGCAAUAUAGUGUUAGGAAUACAGUUUUGUUGCAUCAUAGACCAAAACUACCUGUUAUGUCUGUUCAAGUCCUGCAUUAUCAUGUUAAAUUGUAUAAUCCAUUUUAACAGUUUUAUUGCUAUGGCAAAACUUCCCCGGCAUGACCUUGAGGUGUAUUCCGUUAAUCGCAUCGGUGGUGAAUUUUCAUUGUGAAAUUUAGGGCAAACACUCCAUGUUUUUAAACUAAUCAUUUGUGAUUUGGUUAACAUUUUACUAUAACUCCCACAAUGUAGUGAGAAAACCUCUAGUGCAAUGCAUAUCUUUAAAUGUUCUCUCUGCCUUUACCUACUGAAAAGAUCGUGCUACUGUAAGCACCAUAUACCAGAUUAUAUUUUCUGAAAUCGGGAUAUAAAAUGCUAACUCUAAUUUAACUUUGCUUUUAUUCCCCGUAUCCAGGUCAAAGGAUACGUUUGGACUAAAGCACAGAUCCUAAAUAAUUUCCUAACAUUUUAGUAUGUGGAAAUGUGUUUUUUGUACUUACAGGAACAGUCACAUGAAAGUCAGUAUAUUUACACUGUGUUGCAUCAUUAAUUCAAAAUGAUUAUGCUUUCCUUAAAGCUACAGUUUUCAUAAAACUGAGGAAGAUUUAAAUAAAAUGUUUUUAAUGGGUUUUUUUGGGGGGGGUGGGGGGGCUGUGUGUUUUUUUUUAUUUUUUUGGGGGGGGGCUUACAAUUGUUAAUUCUAAUGAAUUGCAUGGAUAAUAAAAUGUAACCGUAUUAUGCUACACCAUAUUUUACACAAUAUAAAAAGAGAUGACUGGAAAGGAUUGGUACAGUAGGGGUGAUGGAGGUAAUUUUUUAGGUUUUGUUCUGUAUACAGAAAAGUAGAAAUGAAAUAUACACUAUAGGCAUACAGACCAUUUUAGCUUAUCUGUGUAAUGUGUGUAAAUAAUGUUCACGCAUUAGCUUUCUGCAGGGAUUCAAUUCAAUUACCUGACCAUCUAAUGGGGGGAGCGUUUUGUAGACCUCAAUAAUGGCUGUCUGAUCACACACUCUCUGCUUAGACCCAGUCCCCAUGUCUGCAGCAAAGCUAAAAUACCCAAACACUGCUUGCCCAGUGUAUAGAACUGCAUGUCUCAAGUGUCGGGUGAUAGGAAUUCUUCAUCCCAGCAAAUAGAAAGUAACUCUAGUGGUUGUCUGUCUGCCAUUAGAGGACAAAUGUAAACACUGCUGUUUUUCAAAAAAUGGCAAUAUUUACAUUUCAGCGGCACCAAAACCACAACUUUCCCAAUGCUGCUUUUUAGGUGCUCUGUACACCCUUAGCCACUCCUGUAUUGUGUGAUUACAAGGAAAGAGGCUGAUCGAUUUAAGUCACUAACUGAGCCUCCGCAAAGAAAAAUGUUACUAUGCCAAGUGAAAGAUAUAGGGGGAGGUAAGCCAAGAAAUGCAGUACAAUGCAAAACCCAUAUCUGUGUAUAUGUUGGAAAUGAAAUGAUUAAUUCCAGGGUCAUUCUCCUGAAUUUAGUACUUUUUUUUUUUUUUUUGCUAAAGUGCUAUAUUUUCAUAUAUUUUAGGUCAUGCCAAAGAUGCUCUCAAUCUUGCAAAACUUCAAGAGGAAACCCUUCACCUGGAACAACAAGCUAAGAUUAAGGUAAGAGUACCUGGAAAAUCUGAAACUUUGUAGACUGGGGUUUAUUGACAUUGGGGCUUACUGAGGUGGCUUCAAGUCAAUCGUCAACCCUACAGAACCAUAGAUGUCUUGGAAGGCACUGAAGAAACCUGAUGCUGAUGUCUGCAUGUAUUACACUAUGUCAGGGUGACUGGUAUAUACUUGCUGCCCUAGACUUUGUCUUCCAUAAUCAUUUCAAAUUAAUAAGAGAGAAAUAAAAUAAAAAACAGCUCCUUUUUUUAAAUUUUAUUUAUUUAUUUAUUUUAGCCUUAUCAAACUUUAUUAUUAAUCUGGCAAGUAUACUACCUUCCCAAGCCGAGAUAUAAUGCAGUGAUAGCAUUAUUUUUUAUAAUACUGGAAUUAAUAUUACGAUAAAUGAAUGAGGCCUGUAGUAGACAAACAAUUUUCAAUACUCUCUGGUAACUCAGUGUGAUUCAAAAUGCUUCAUGUAUGUUGUCUUAUAACACAGCAAAUUUGAACAGAGGCAGCUAAUGGUGAUUCAGGAUUACUUUAUCCAGGUAAACAUUGCCUUAGGGUUAAAGGGACAAUAUAGUCACCAGAACAACUACUGCUUAUUGUAUUUGCUCUGGUGUGUAUAAUCAUUCCCUUCAUGCUUUUUGCUGUAAACAUUGUAUUUUCAGAGAAAAUGCAGUGUUUACAUUACAGCCUAGAGAUACCUCCACUGGUCACUCCUCAGAUGGCUGCUAGAGGUGCUUCCUGAGGCGGUGCUGCACAGUAAGCAGCACUGCCAUUCAGUGUCUCCACCCUCUGCAUGCAGACACUGAACUUUCCUCAUAGAGAUGCAUUGAUUCAAUUCAUCUCAAUGAGGAAAUGCUGGUUGGCCAGGGCUGAGUUUGAAUCAUGCUGUCUUUGCCCCUGAUCUGCUCCUUGACUGUCUCAGCCAAUCCUAUGGGGAAGCAUUGUGAUUGGCUUAGUCCACCACUUCUGAUGAUGUCAGCAGGCAGAACAGGGGUAGAGCCAGCAGCUGCAUACUUAAAUACAAGUAAGAUUUGACUAUAUUUAGGGGGGGGGGAGCAGGAGGGCUAGAUGGUGGUUUUAACACUAUAGGGUCAGGAAUACGUUUGUGUUCCUGAACCUAUAGUGUUCCUUUAAAUACUGAUAUUUUUUUAAAUAAAACAAAUUAUAUUUGUCCACUACGUAUCUGUAUGAAUUAUGUUUCCUAUAAUGAUAUUGAUAUAUAUCAUGUUAUAAACUUGCAUCAGUUCUUCCAGUGUGUGAUAAAGGUUUUUGUUGCUGUUGUGUUUUUGUUUUUUUUUUCCAUUUAAAGGACCACUAUAGUGCCAGGAAAACAAACUCGUUUUCUUGGCACUAUAGUGCCCUGAGGGUGCCCCCACCCUCAGGGUCCCACUUCCGCUGGGCUUGGUGGAGAGGAAGGGGUUAAACACUUACCUUUCUCCAGUGCUGGGCUCUCUUGGAGCUGGAGACUCGCCUCCUCCUUUCCCGUCACCGGCUGAAUGCGCAUGCACGGCAAGAGCCGCGCGCACAUUCAGCCAGUCUCAUAGGAAAUCAUUCUCAAUGCUUUCCUAUGGACGCUGGCGUCUUCACACUGUGAAAAUCACAGUGAGAAGCGCCUCUAGCGGCUGUCAAUGAGCCACUAGAGGCUAGAAUAACCCAUAUGUAAACAUAGCAGUUUCUCUGAAACUAUGUUUACAGCUGCAGGGUUAACCUCAGAUGGACCUGGCACCCAGACCAGUUCAUUAAGCUGAAGUGGUCUGGGUGCCCAUAGUGGUCCUUUAAGAAUUAAACUUUGUAUUUAUUUUCCUUAACCAACUUAUUUAUCCAUGAGUGAUACAUUUACUGAAUUUUGUUUUGAAGUUUUUAUUCUAAUUGCAAGCAAUCACCUCUCAUGCAGUAUAUUGAUGUGUUCCUAAUUGGCAGGAAUAUGAAGCUGCACUGGAGCAGAUUAAAAGUGAGCAGAUCCGAGUCCAGGGAGACGAGAGAAGGAAAACAUUACAGGAAGAGACAAAACAAAACCAAUCGGUGAGCAAAUUGCUACGAUCUUUUAAUUGUGUUCUAAAUCACUCAAUGUAUCAAACUGUAAGCCCUGUGCCACGUUGCAAACCUCCAGUUAAAGUAUAUAAGAUAGCAGAUGAAGCGCACUCAAUGGACACUGUGUGCACUUCAUCUGCUAAUAUAUUAUAUGCGCGAAUGCACGGGUUAGCAGAAUCUUACUGCUGAUAUUUUAUAGAAUUCUUCAGAAACAUUCAGGAUCGUACUGACUGUAGUGAUGGUUACCACUGGGACACUCUGAUAUAGAAAAAGAGGCUUUGGGUGUAAAAAUGGGACAUGCAAGUCAGUUAUUCACUAAAGGAAAAUGCUUAGCUGAGAAUUAUUCCAAUUUGGCAAUUUUAGCGUAAAAUUCACUUCGAAUUCCUGACAUUAACAAUGUUUAUCUAUGAUUAUUUUUUACUGCUGUUCCUUGACCGUAUAGCCUGUAAAUUUGGGGUCCAUAGGCAGCAGUGUGUGCCCUCAAUAGGAAGCAAUGUUCUUCUAGUAAGAAUACAACACAAUGUAUACUUAAUUAAUGCCAAAUUGACAUCAACUGAAUUGCAAAUUAUAGGGUAAAAUAACCAGUGUAAAAUACAAUCCACAAUCUACUUUCAAGAAAUUUUGGGCAAUCACAGCUUUUGUGUGUAUUUGCUGUGUUAUUGAUUUUUGCAAUUUUUUUUUUUUGUUUGGUACAGUGCCUUUUUUUCUACUUUUAUUAGCUUGCUUUGAUUAGCGAAGACACAUUUCUUUGUGUUCUGUGUUUGUUGCUUGAUGAUGUAAUCAACUGUUUGUUCUUCUCAUGCACAUACACUUUUUUGCAUUAUUGGUUAAUUAUUAAAGUGUUUACUUUGAUUUAUCAAGUCCUUUUCAGACCAGUAUCUGAUGGUUCUGUUACGGUUUUGAAACCUCUUUCGAAAGGAUUAUGAUUUGCUUUAACUUAAUAAACACUACAAACUCCUAAAGCACUUUAGCUUGCUCAAGUGCUUUGUGUGAAGAGUGUGUCCUCCUUUUUAUUGUACAAACAGAGCAGAUUUCAAUAGAAAUUGGCACUUUUAUAAACUAACCUUGCAAUACUCCCUGGCUGUCAAUCAGACUACUGGUCCUGUUACUUCCUGGUUUGGUUUACUCAAUGGAGCUAAACUCAAGAUGCAGCAAUUGGCCCAGAGCACCUGCCUUGCAAAUACUUCUCAUUGAGCUGCAUUGGGAAGUCUGUGGUUGGACAGCCACAGAAGGUCUGGGCUGGGCUAGAAGGGGAGGGCUUGCAAAGGUUACAAAGAUAUAUUUUUUUAAAUAUACCACUAAUAGAAAAAAUUAUAAUUAAAGCUUGCAUGUUUUCAUUGUGGUUUUAUGUAUUUAAUAGUCAUUUGUUGUUGUUGUGGUCUUUGGGUAUUGGAGUGUCCUUUAAGCAUAACUGUUUAGCAGAAUGUAUCAAGGUUCUUUUUUCACUAAAACUGAUCAUUUUAAAAACUCUCAUAAAAUGGACACUACAGGCACCCACACCACUACAGCUCAUUAAAGUGGUCUGGGUGCAAUGUGCACUUAGUGCUGCAAUAUAAAACAUUGCAGUUCCAUAGAAACUGCAAUUUUAUCUGCAUCCAUUUGGCUGUGUACCAGACAGCCACUAGAGGGCUUCCUGUAUUGAAACAGACCUUUGGUCACGCUCUGCAUUAGCACAUCCAGCGUCAGAUUUUAACUGUAGGAAAUCAUUGAUUCAAUGCUGCGCAUGCGCAUUAGUCUGCUCGUGGGAGGACUUUGGAGUGUCGACCCAGCGCCGAGUGACAUCUGCGCUGGGGUAAGGUAAGUAAAUAAAGGGGUUUUAACUUUUUAUUUACCUGGCAGGGGGUUAGAGGCAGGGGGAGUGAUAGAGCCAGGAAUACAGCUUUGUAUUCCUGGCACUAUAGUAUCCCUUUAAAAAAAAAUAAAAAAAAAAUAAAAAAAAUUAAAAGUUGGUAUUUUCUAUAUAAAUAAAACUAGAACCUAAAUUUUGAAAACUUAUGGCUAUUGUGUGUAAAUUUGUUUACAAAAACAUUUAGAAUUUAUUUUGCUCUACUUUACAUGGGAAACUGACCGUUUUAUAGGGGGCGCAGGUUAACUAACGUUUUGAUAACAGAACAGUUUAUUGGUUAAUAACUAAUUCAAUUUUCUUUUCUCCAGAGGGCACAAUACCAGGACAAACUCGCAAGACAGAGGUACGAGGACCAACUUCGGCAACAAGUAAGCAUACAAUCUCUUACACAGGUUCAAUACUAAAAUUUAUAUUUUAUUUUGUGUGUGUUUUAAUAGAUAAUAUUUUAUGUGUCAUGAAAUCUGUGCCUUAAUCAGCCUGUUUUGUACAGUUAUCUUUAUGCCGAAUGGGAAGGCCAUUUUCUGACUUCUGGGUUUUAUGAUGGUAACAGCAUGGUGAAUUCACUGAAAUGGACUCCCUGAAAAGAAUGUGCAUGUUGGACUGUUUCCAUGACAACCACAUUCAGUGCAGGCUUAUGGUGCCCAAGUCAAUGUUUUAUUUGGCUUGUCCGUAUUUUAAUAGCCAGCCUACAUCACUAUACAGGGAGUGCAGAAUUAUUAGGCAAAUGAGUAUUUUGACCACAUCAUCCUCUUUAUGCAUGUUGUCUUACUCCAAGCUGUAUAGGCUCGAAAGCCUACUACCAAUUAAGCAUAUUAGGUGAUGUGCAUCUCUGUAAUGAGAAGGGGUGUGGUCUAAUGACAUCAACACCCUAUAUCAGGUGUGCAUAAUUAUUAGGCAACUUCCUUUCCUUUGCAAAAUGGGUCAAAAGAAGGACUUGACAGGCUCAGAAAAGUCAAAAAUAGUGAGAUAUCUUGCAGAGGGAUGCAGCACUCUUAAAAUUGCAAAGCUUCUGAAGCGUGAUCAUCGAACAAUCAAGCGUUUCAUUCAAAAUAGUCAACAGGGUCGCAAGAAGCGUGUGGAAAAACCAAGGCGCAAAAUAACUGCCCAUGAACUGAGAAAAGUCAAGCGUGCAGCUGCCACGAUGCCACUUGCCACCAGUUUGGCCAUAUUUCAGAGCUGCAACAUCACUGGAGUGCCCAAAAGCACAAGGUGUGCAAUACUCAGAGACAUGGCCAAGGUAAGAAAGGCUGAAAGACGACCACCACUGAACAAGACACACAAGCUGAAACGUCAAGACUGGGCCAAGAAAUAUCUCAAGACUGAUUUUUCUAAGGUUUUAUGGACUGAUGAAAUGAGAGUGAGUCUUGAUGGGCCAGAUGGAUGGGCCCGUGGCUGGAUUGGUAAAGGGCAGAGAGCUCCAGUCCGACUCAGACGCCAGCAAGGUGGAGGUGGAGUACUGGUUUGGGCUGGUAUCAUCAAAGAUGAGCUUGUGGGGCCUUUUCGGGUUGAGGAUGGAGUCAAGCUCAACUCCCAGUCUUACUGCCAGUUCCUGGAAGACACCUUCUUCAAGCAGUGGUACAGGAAGAAGUCUGCAUCCUUCAAGAAAAACAUGAUUUUCAUGCAGGACAAUGCUCCAUCACACGCGUCCAAGUACUCCACAGCGUGGCUGGCAAGAAAGGGUAUAAAAGAAGAAAAUCUAAUGACAUGGCCUCCUUGUUCACCUGAUCUGAACCCCAUUGAGAACCUGUGGUCCAUCAUCAAAUGUGAGAUUUACAAGGAGGGAAAACAGUACACCUCUCUGAACAGUGUCUGGGAGGCUGUGGUUGCUGCUGCACGCAAUGUUGAUGGUGAACAGAUCAAAACACUGACAGAAUCCAUGGAUGGCAGGCUUUUGAGUGUCCUUGCAAAGAAAGGUGGCUAUAUUGGUCACUGAUUUGUUUUUGUUUUGUUUUUGAAUGUCAGAAAUGUAUAUUUGUGAAUGUUGAGAUGUUAUAUUGGUUUCACUGGUAAUAAUAAAUAAUUGAAAUGGGUAUAUAUUUGUUUUUUGUUAAGUUGCCUAAUAAUUAUGCACAGUAAUAGUCACCUGCACACACAGAUAUCCCCCUAACAUAGCUAAAACUAAAAACAAACUAAAAACUACUUCCAAAAAUAUUCAGCUUUGAUAUUAAUGAGUUUUUUGGGUUCAUUGAGAACAUGGUUGUUGUUCAAUAAUAAAAUUAAUCCUCAAAAAUACAACUUGCCUAAUAAUUCUGCACUCCCUGUAUAUGUAAAUGUAUGCGUAUACCUAUACAUGUGUAAAUAAAAUAUUGUGGUCUGCCUAUAGGGAAGCAAUGAUGAAAAAAGGAUGACCUUUUUAAAAUACAUUACAUGGGUAAUAAUGUAAAAAUAUUUACCUUUUACACGUAAAGUAGGCUGACUGCAAAUGCUGGAAGAACUGUCUCAGACCAAGAAUAGGCUGUCCAUUGUGGUCUGCAUGGUGUAAUCUUCUUCAUAGAUGAACGUGGGUGCGGGGUACUCUCUGCAUCAUGAAGUUAUGGUGCUUCAAGAUACCUUUUUAAACUUUGGUGGAUGGGGUCCCUCCAUCUCUGAAACUCUGCUGGUUUUAGUCUAUAUCCUUUACUUAGUAAACAUAUCUGACAUUCUUAGCCAAAAUGCCUAAAAUUGUACAAAAUUGUUAUUGUGAAUACUUAAGUAUGAGGUUCUGCUUUAGCUUAUCAGUAUGGACCAGAACUGCAGUUGACUGACAGAAGCAGGUUACUGUCAGAUUAUUCCUAAAUGGCUUUUCAGCUUACUGUGGUAUGGAGCCAGAGGACUCAUGGCACCAUAACCACUACAGAGCACUUAGACUGUCCCUUUAAGACGUUAAACAUCAAGUGUCGUCAUCAUCUCUCAGCAAGUUGUCUACACCUUGCUGAUUUCUAUCUGUGGUUCCCUUGCCUUUUGGACUAUCUUAUGUGUCGUUAUCAUGUGUGUAGGUAAAUGAAUCAUAAAGUUUGUUUCACCAUAUAUUUUUGAGGACAUAUUUGCCAGCCUAGUAUAGUUUAUCACUGGAAAAGAAUGUCUACGUUCAUGGCACAUCUUUUUACUAUUCUCAUUUUUGCCUUUCUAAAGCAAAUGCUGAAUGAAGAUAAUUUAAGAAAACAAGAAGAUUCUGUCAAAAAACAAGAAGCCAUGCGUAGAGGUAACAUUUUAACUUUCUCUAUGAGUUGAUGAUUAAAUAUACCCCCCUCCCCCCAUACACUUCUAAAAUGGAGAUAUUGAAUAAUCGUCUGCCAUAUUUUGGUAUAUUUACACCGUUAUAUCGCUUUCGAUCCUUUUCAUAUGAGUAUUUAUGGAAUGGAAUGUUUUCAGAUCCUUUAACCCCUUAAGGACACAUGACAUGUGUGACAUGUCAUGAUUCCAUUUUAUUCCAGAAGUUUGGUCCUUAAGGGGUUAAACACCAUUUAUUUUCCUUAUUAGUCAUUAAAACCUGCCCUGUGUUUGUAUAAUAUUUAUAUGAUUGUGUUUUGCGUCUUAGUAGGUAUUUAUUAUUUUAUAUUUUUACUUCUUGACAGCCACUAUAGAGCAUGAGAUGGAGUUGCGGCACAAAAACGAGAUGCUCCGAAUCGAGGCCGAGGCUCGUGCUCGUGGCAAAGUGGAACGAGACAACGCAGAUAUCAUCCGGGAGCAGAUUCGCUUGAAAGCCGCAGAGCACCGGCAAACGGUGUUGGAAUCGAUCAAGUAUGUAUUAAAUAUUCUGCCAAACACGCGAUCUGACCAGUGUUUGGCCACCGGCAGCCCAAUAGCUUAUGGUGCACAUGGAUCUCCUAAUAUACAUUUCCUUCUUCUAGGACUGCGGGAACUGUGUUUGGAGAAGGUUUUCGUGCUUUUAUUUCCGACUGGGACAAAGUGACAGCAGCUGUGAGUGUUACCCAGACUUAAUGCUUUUUCACAAUUCUUUAUUUUUUUUUUAUUUUUUAUUCUUGGUUUAAACAGUGAAAAUUCUUUAAUCACAUGGAAUAUCAAAAAACUUGCACAUUUGUUUUAAAAUGAACAAUAUGAAGCAGAAGGUAGGACAGAGCCAGGCAAGCGUUAUUUAUACAAUUUUUGCAGUAAGUUUGCUGCAAAGCAAAAAUCUCAGAUGAUAUGGGUGGGUUCAUGGUUUAAUGCUCUUUGUAAGAAUAACAGUGACUAAAGGGGAAGACACAAAAUAACAAUACAGGCCAGUAGAGGGGGCAACUGGAAACAGAGAAAAGAUGAUGGGAAGAAUAAUUGCUGUUUCAGGGAUUUAGACUACAAAGACAGUAACUAAAAUUUUAUGGGAAAUUUCAGACGUAAAAGAGCCAAAUAUGGCAGGCUGGCAGAGCAGGGGAUUGAUCCAUCAGUUAAAUAAGAAUGGGUGUUCAGGGAAUCAAGAGCUUAACCCAGUGAGAUUGUAUAUGGUUAUGCAAUUCUAAAGGAACACUUUAGGCACCCAGAACACUUCAGCUCAUUGAAGUCGUUUUGGUGCAGUAUCUCAGGCCUCUUAACCCUGAGCAGGUAAUUCUUGCAGUUUUUAAGAAACUGCAAUAAUAACCUGCUAGGUUUAACUCCUCCUCUAGUGGUUCUCUACCAGACAGCCAUUAGAGGGACUUCCGGGCUAGAUGACUUUUGGUUGCCUAACGGACACUGGACGUCCUCACGCUAGGCAUGGUGACGUCUAGCGUCACCCAAAACCCCAUAGGAAAGCCUUGAAUAAUGCUAUCCUGUGAGGGAAAUCCUAUUGUGACCACGGCCAUUGCCGCGCAUGCGCUUUGUCUCACCAGCUGGCUGCCGUUUUAACCACAUUUGCACGAGGGCGGGGCUCAUAAAAAAUACAUUCCUCACUAGCCGCAAGAUAUUUCUCUGCCUUAACAAAAGUCUGAAAUCCGGGAGGAUGUAGUAAUUUCCAAAUUCUGAGGAAUUGGGUUCGCCUGCAUCUAGUGGUUUCUAUACAAUAUAUUUCUUAUAUGUAGAUAUUAGACCUUUUUUGGGGGGGGGGGGGUUAGGCUUUUUUAAAUGUACUCUUGUGUUUCCUCUAAUAGUUUGUCAUGAUCUUAUAACGGUCAAUAUCACUCUUAAAGUUCAGGGACAUUUAAAAUUGGCCUAUCUGUAUUUAAUCUGUACUUUUUUGACAAACCAAUAGCGCAUGUAUGUAUUUAUAUUUAACGUAUAGUUUUCUCCCGAGUCUGUAAAAAGAGUGAACACGUUUUAUAUCUCUCAGUGCUCUUAGCACAAAUCCCAGUUUGCAGUGCUAUAGCAGGUCAAUAUCUUUAUAGCUGCACUUGUCUGUAAAAAAAAAAUGUAACCUAUUUUGUGACAGACAGACAGACAGAAAAGGCAAAUCAGUGUGUUUGCCAUAAGUACAGCUCCCGUGGCUGGUCAAAUAUGUAAGAAUUAGAAAUUCCUGGCCUUUUGUACUGGUAGGGAAAAGAUUAACACUGGCAAAUCACUAGCAACAAUUUUGUCACAGAUAAACUCAUUACCCACACACUGGUGAGUUUUACACGUCUCCGUGUGAGAGGUGAAUGAGUGAAAUUGCUGGGGGUGGCUUAAUCCAGAGCUUUCACCGAUCAUUGCAGUCCAAAUUUGUACAGAAAAAGCGUAAGCAAAGCUCCCACAUUGUUUCACAAAUUGAUUUGGGCAACACACUUAAUGCCUCCUGCACAUAACCAGUACGGUUAGCUGUAGCGUUUUGGGUGUUUAGUUAAUCUUUAACGUUGCUGUAGAGAUUCAAAGUCUAUAUGACCCAUUAAAUAUUAAUGCGUAUUGUACAUGAUGAUAAACUUUUCACAUGAUGAUAUGCUAGUAUGUGUGCAGGUCUAAUUGUGACUUUCAGAUUAGCGUUUAAACAAAUCAUUUCUACGAUAAUGAGCUUUGCAAUGUCAAUUUCUCUUUACAAAACUCAUAAUGCAGCGGAUUUUAAGUUUUCGGUUCCCUCCACUAGAUGGUGCUGCAGAGUUAAAUAAAUACAUUCUUGUGUAUGCGGCUAUCUGCAGGUAUCGGUUCUGCAGCUUGUGAAUAAACAUGGUGAGUUUGUGUGUUGCCAGGCUGAAUCUGUCUGUAGUGCAAUGCGGAGCUGUCCAUCUGUUAUACUGUGGCACUCAAACAGAGUCCUGUGCUGUCCAUUCCAGCCUCUACACACAAGAUUAAAUGUAAAGCUAAUUUGCAUCCCCCUGGUUCAAAUAAUUUGUAAACCAGGACACAAGAAGGAUUGGGAAAUGUUUUUUUUUUUUCAAUUUUUAAUUUUUAUUUACAGGUUUUAAAAAAAAAUUGCCUAGGGUUCAUUGAAUAUUAUAUUUUGGCAACUAGUCAAAAAAGGACAGAUUUAUCCUAUAGUGACAGAGCAAACCCGCAUUCAAUGAUUCGGUUUGGCAGACUGAAUGGAAAGUGAUUUUGGUGACGAUGCAGUAUUGACCCUUAUUUAUGGGUUUAUUCCUGAAUUUUGGAUUGGAGUGAAUUAAAAACAGUAUUGUAAAAUUCUGGCUAAGAUUACCAAGCUUUGAUUGUAACUGGAAUUGGAGAGUACUUUUUGUGUAGAAUUAGAAAUUUGUUUUUUUUUAAGCAAAUACAUCUCUUAAUGCGUUUUGGACUCGUGACCUACAUAUUCACUUCUCUCUAGUGUAGAGACACACACAGAUACCUAUAUUCUACUUUAACACAAGAAUUGUAUACUAGAGAUAAACAGUCGAGAGGUUUAUCAAAGAACAUAAUAAAACUUUCUUCAGAUCAGAUAGGUUGUAUCUGUGGUUUUAGGUAGCUUUGUUAAAUCUAAAGCUUGUUUCAUAUUUAGUGUGCUGUACCUGUUUUGUGUAGUGAUUGCGGUGUUCGUACUCCUGUCAGUCGACUAUGGGGAUAUUUUAUAUAGAGCAGCCGCUAGCCCGGACACGAAGACGGUGCUGGCUGGACCUCUCAGGUUUUGUUGCCCAGCUUUCAGAAUGUAGAAGGCAUAGAGGCUACCAUGGUGGUCAAAGGCAGCUAGUGGAAGAAUUUCUUACAGGGUUUUUCACUAAACUGAGAAUCCUAAGUGAAUUUAAACGUUAAGGCCAGAGUAGUCAAACUAGAAGCAUUAGCUGACUUGUUACAAAUGUUUCCAGAUCAGCUAUUUUUUACUUUAAAGGACCACUAUAGGCACCCAGACCACUUCAGCUUAAUGAAGUGGUCUGGGUGCCUGGUCCAGCUAGGUUUAACCCUUUUUUUCUAUAAACAUAGCAGUUUCAGAAAAACUGCUAUGUUUAUAAUAGGGUUAAUCCAGCUUCUAGUGGCUGUCUCAUUGACAGCCGCUAGAGGCGCUUCUCACAGUGAUUUUUCCCAGUGAGAAGACGCCAGCGUCCAUAGGAAAUCAUUGAGAAUGCUUUCCUAUGAGACUUGCUGAAUGCGCGCGCAGUAUGUUUUCCUGGCACUGUAGUGGUCCUUUUAUUGUAAAUUACACCCCCAUCUUGUCCCUUCCCUGGACGACUAGUGCAUCGUCUAAGAAUUCUAGCGUGUUUGUGCUUUUGGCCUCCAUAUUUGUAGGUUUGACUGCAAUGUGGAUGACAUAGCAGAAAAUAAAAGGAAACACAAACCUGAAAGAGACUAAAGUCUGUGUGCAGGGCAUCGGUUAUAUUGAUGAUUUACAGUAAUUGGUACACAGGUCAAGUUGUAUAAACUGCUACACCAUUUCACUUCUUCCACUACCUAUUAAACAGUACAACACUGUUAGUUACUGUGCAUUAGCACGGUGGAUCAUAAAAGGAGUAUUGGGACACUGUUGGUAUCCAGUCGUUCCAGUCCUGCCAUCACUGUGUGGAUCUGCAUAUCAUUUCCCCAUUUAUACGUCGGGGCCCUGUUUGUCUCUCGAUUUUUAAAGGUAGAUAUUAGAACUGUCUGGUGGGCAGUAUGGGAGAGGGUAAAUGCCAGGUGUUUGAAGAGUGAGAGGAGUAAGGGGUAGGCAGGGUGGGGGAUGAGGAAGAAGGGGAAAAAGAGGAGAGGAAGAGACCCCCAAUGGUCUGAUCAGAGAUUCUCUUCUGAUUAUGUCCACAAAGGCCAGGUAUGAUCAAAUUUGUAUAAGGUGCCUAAGAGAUGGCCGGUCAUUUCUAUGUAUUUUUUUUUGUCACCUCAACACACAAUUUAACGUUGAAACAGAGGCUAUAAGAAUAUGUUGUAGGAGAACCUUUUUGGGUCCCUUUAUAGUGUGAGGGACUGUAACCAGCAGUAAUGCCUCCGGGUGGUCCGGUAUGGUGAAGGCUUUUUUUUUUUUUUUUAAGUGCUUAAACAUCUCCCCAGAAAUUGUGUAACAAAGGGCAUUUCCAAAAUGUGUCAGUGUGCCCACUUCUUUGCUGCAUCUCCAACAGAUGUUUGAAGAGCCUUGGUAAAUAUGCGAUAACCUGAAGUACCACUUCAUGAGUAAUUUCCUGUUUGUUUCCCAGUGAGCAGUACACUGUGAGGUCUUGAGUAAUUGGGUCGCUGCUCUUUUCCAUGUGUUUAAUGAGAAUUUUCGGCCUAGUUCUGUUUACCACAAAAGCAUAUACGGGAGUCUUUUAUUUGCCGAGUGAUGUGCCAUCUGGCUAUAGCAAAAUGAGUGGUUUAAUGGAGCGUUUCCCUGUGAGCAGUGCCUUUAUGAAUGAUGAGGAUGCAAGGGUGUUGAUCGUGGUUAUCCCUUGUGAAUGCAAGAUGUGUUUCAUGCAGAGAAAUGUAAACAUCUCUUUAGAGGGUAGAUUAUAGUUGGUGGUAAUGUUUUGGAACGUAUUGAGUCUGCCCUCUGUGUAUAGAUGAUGUACCUUUUGUCAUUUCUGCAUUUUCUUUUUUUCCCCAUGCCGUUAAGGGAAGAUUUUUAAGGUGAACAGGGGUGCCAAACUAAGGGGAUGUAAGUUCCUUUAUGAGCAGCAGAGCUUUAUUCCUCCAGAUGGCAAACAUGUGUCUGUGGUUGUUUUGGAUCCAUAGGAGCUGGUGUAAGUAUGAGGUUUCUUAGGAUGCCCACAUGGACUGUUUUGUGCUGCAUAUUAUAAACCGUGUUUGAGCCACGGAAGAUGUUGUCUCAUUAUUUUGUACAUCGGGUACUUCCAAGCCUCCCAGUUUAGGAGGUGAGCAUCUUGAUUGGUGGGAGGUCCUCAAGACUUUUUUUUCCCCCCAAAUGUGGCAUUGAUCAGUGUAUGGAAUUUAACAAUGACUGUGUUGGGGGACUGGUAUUGGAAGUUUGCAGAAGGCAAAUAAGAUUUGUGACAAUGUGGACAUUUUGAAGAAGUGGAUUCUCCCAAUCCAGGAGAAUUCAGUGUUGCCCCAGUGUCUGUUAUAUUUUGUGUAGCAGUUUGCAGUGUUUUGUUUUUUUUUGUUUUUUUUUUAUGGUUGUGUGUAGAUUGGCUGUAAAUUGGUCUCCUAGAUAUGAGAUUGAGGAGUUCCUCCAGGCAGAGUUGUACAAGUCUUUCAACUGUUCUACCGUGUCACAGGGUAUCCCCAAAGGUAGGGCCUGCGUUUUACCAGUGUUGUUUUUGUGUUAGGACACUUUGCCAAAGUGCUCCAAAAGGCUAAGAAGAUUAGAAUGAGAAAUCAAUGGUUGGAUAGGUUGAGUAGAAUGUCAUCAGCGAAUAGUACCAAUUUAAGUUUGCCUACCUGGGUAGGGACUCCUUGCAUGACUUUUGUUUGGAUUAGGGGUUCAAGUGCUAAGAUAAAGACAAAAAGGGACAACCUUGUCUUGUACUGUUGGUGAUAUUGAAUGGGGCAAAGACAAACCCAGCAUUUCUUACUUUGGCUCAGGAAAAAGUAUAUAGAGCACUAACUUCUUCUUAGCGUUACCUAGCACAAGGAGAAUUACUUUUUGUUACAGUCUCUGUUAUGUUCAGUGUUUGUGUGUUGUCGGAUGUCUAUCUCAUGGAGACAAAUCCUGCCUGUUCAGAGGAUACUAUGUAGGGGGAGAAUCUUGUUGAACCUCUUUGCCAGGUUUUGGUGUUAAGAAGCGAAAUAAAUCUAAAAUUAGGGCAGGUGGUUGGGGGUUUGCCUGGUUCAGGAAGGGUGAUAAUUAUAGCUUGCAACAUUUGGGGGAGUGCAAGGGAGAAUCCUACAGAGAUGUGGUCUGACCAUCUGAUUAAACCUACAUGUGUAAUUUUAAAAAAUUGUUGUUUUUUUUGCUUUGGUCUGAUUAAAGAGGAAAGUUAAAUGAAGUAUCAACACAGGAGCCAAUAAACUAAUAUAUAUUGGUAAACAUGGUCCUGGGACUUUGUUGGCAGAUAGGUACAUCACUGCUUUUUUACUUCCUCUUCAGUGAUUGAAACGUAUAGUAAAUUGUAUUGCUAUAUUUUUAUAUGUAUAUUUUUUAUGUUCCUUUUUGGUACAAUAAACAGGAUUUUUACCUAACCUGGAUUCCUGACUUUCUUGGGGAGGCACCUUUAAGGCGAUCUUAAAGUCUUGUGAGUGCAAUCUAUAACAAGCGUGUCAAUUGACUUUGUAUUGCAAUAUCACACUAUGUUCCUAGUGAUAUAUUCUUUUAGAUGUACAGCUGUAUCGCUUUCUUCCUCACACAUAUAUUUGAGUGUAUCGUAAAGUCUGUUGAUGGGGAGGAUUCUGGGAAGGGAAAUGUCCAAAAAGGUUGUGUAUGGUAGGAUUAUCUGGAUGUGUGUUAUGCAGGUCUAGUGCUCAGUGGAACAGAGCCUCAUAGAAGGCUGCCAAUUCAUUGACUAUUGUGUUUGUGAAUGUUGCUAUAUGUUGUUUGGGAUGGUUUUGAAUUGUUGAGUGUUUCUUCUUCUUCUUAUUAUUAUUAUUAUUAUUAUUAUUAUUAUUAUGGUAUUUAUAUAGCGCCAUCAAAUUCCGCAGCGCUUUACAAUGGGUGGACGAACAGACAUGUAGUUGUAACCAGACAAGUUGGACACACAGGAACAGAGGGGUUGAGGGCCCUAAAAUGACACAAAAAAGAAAGGAUAGUAUUAGACUAAUGACAGUUGCAAGAGAGGAAUCAGUCGGGAGCUAUUAACAGUUUAAUUGAUACGCUUUUUUGAAGAAGUGGGUUUUUAACGAUUUUUUGAAGGAGUGGAGACUGGGUGAGUAUCUAAUGGAGGAGGAAAGCGAGUGUGUGGAGACGGGAAAUAAAGUCCUUCCUUUUUUUGAGUGUAAUGUUUCCUCUUUUUUUUUUUUCGUGCUUCUUGCUGAAUGAAUAUGCUUCUUAAGACAUCUUUAUCAUCUAUUUGCUACUGUAGUUUCAUUAUACUGGUUGAAUGUGAAAAACUCUUGGAUUUAAUUCAAGACUAGGCAAUGGAUGCAUCAGACAGAAGAGUAUUGCUUAGGUGCCAUAGGCUCCUGCCAGUUAUCAUUUGGGAGAGUGCAAGAGAGAAUCCUACAGGGAUGUGGUCUGACCAUCUGAUUAAACCGACAUGUGCAAUUUUUUGAAUUUUUUUUUUUAGCAGCAAGCUGUUCACUAGGCAAAAUUUAAUAAGUAGGUAACUUUGAUGUUGUGGAGAGAUGUAUGAAUAGUCUUUCUGGGUUGGGUAUAUUUCCCUUCAGGUAUCAUAGAUUAUGUGUAUGCAUGAGUGUAUGAAGAGAUGAACUUAGUUUCUGUGAUCUUUGAGGGCAGUACUUUGUGAAGGCCCUGUAUGUCUAGUAUAGGAUAUGGAACACAAUUGAAGUCUCCGCAUACUAUCGUGCAUGAGAGAGACCAGCAUGUUCUCCUUUUCCAGGGUGGAUUUGGUGAUGUGUACCACCUCAUCCUCAGUGCAAUGCGUUUUUAAGUAGCUCGGUGGCUUUGCUGACUUCUCUUUUUACAAUUGUAGUUAGGGAAAGGUCUGUGUUGGUGUAGAGCAUUGGGCAACUGUUGGAUUCAUGGUAUUGUUUGAGGUUCCUUGCGGCAGUUAACGGUGCUUCUUUUGCGUGGUAGAAGUGGAUGUGUGUGACUGCAUCUCUGGGGACGCUGUCUGCUAGGUUUCUCUGUUCAAAAGCUAGUCCUUGUCCUUCACAUUGAGUGCUAGGGUUUUAAAUGGGGAGAUAAGAUAGGAGGGCAUAUCAUCAUUCUAAGGAGGUGAACCUAUCUAUAAGCUCUUGGGCUGUGCAGAAUUCAUUUUACUUUCCAAAUGAGAUGUUCUGUCCCACUAACCCUGAGGUUAUGAUGAAUGUCAGCUCUUAUGGUUUUAAUUUCCUCCUGGAGGAGUGUUCUCAGUGACUGGAGCAUAGUUUGCAUAUUUUUUCAGUUAUGGAUAUGUCCUCAUAGAGACUUGCCAUUAUCUCUGAUUGUAAUGUAGUACCAGACACUGGAGAGAGAGUCAGGGAGUAGAUGCCAUCAUGGACCGCAGGACCCGCAUGUCUUCGUGGCACUUUCUCCCCGCAGGGUCAGUUCUAAGUGGUGGCCUGACUUCCCUGACAAUAUCGUGGGAGUGGUUCUGCCAUCCAGUGACAAUGGUAAAUACAAAACUAGGUCCAGCACUCCAUAACGAGGAGGAAGGCAUUCCAACCUUAUUGAGGUUUUGAAAAAACAAGGUUUAACCUGCAGACAAGUUGGGUCUCCUGACCUCACCUCUCUUACAGUUGUUGACUUUUGGACCUAUUUUGUAUUUACCAUUUUAUCUGCAGUCAAACACAUGGAACAAUGCAUCUGCAAAGAACUGUAAUGGUAGCUAUCAUUUUUUUUAAUUUUUUUUUUAAUACGCAAUCUCUGUGUAGUGCAUUCAAAACCGGGAGUAAUUUUCACCUUUUAAGCAUUCCAUGCAUUGUGGGCACUUUAAAAAGCAAAAAGCCAUAAAAGGCGAUGAAACAAAAGUAAAGUAAGCUAGUAGAAACAAUGAGAGAUAAGUGGACUUCAGGUAAGUCCUUUUCAAAUGAUUUGACAAUUACCAGUGCUCUUGCAGUAUCUACAACCAGCCAGUCUCCAAAUUUGGACUAGUCUGGCUUUAGGGACGUGUCUUUAAAAACAAAAUAUUAAACUGGUACUUUAAACAAUUCGUGCUAUUUAACAAGAACCAGAGGGACAGCACUAACAUAUUCCUAGCGUCAUAAUAACUGCAGUAAGCUUAAUAGUAAUAGUGUCCCAAUAGCUGAUAUUUUUUUCUUUAGAACUCUAAUAUUUUGCUUUGCUGUUCUAUAUUUCCCAAUAUAAUCUUACUCUUGUCUUGUCAGUUCUAAUACAAAUGUUUGAACUAAUAGGCCAGAGCACUGUCAGACCCCUCUGCCAGCCAAGACUUUAAGAACCAUCUGUGGAAAUUCGUUUGGCUUGUGUGCUUGGUGUUUGUUUGCAAUCUCAUAAAGCGAAUAAUACGCACGUCUCGAUGACAAAGAAGUCUGACCUUGAAGGGUUUUUUGUUGUUUUUUUUUUUUUAUUGACGUUAGGAAAUGUUUAAUCCCCUGCAGUUAGUCUGCAUCUUCUUUCUUUAACCCUUAUGUUUGAUGGGUGAAAAACUAAUUUCUGUGUAGUGCGUUGGGUACCCAACCUCCCUCUGGCAUUUCUUAAAUGUAGAACCUUCUUCAGCUAAUCGACUGUUAUGUUCAUCUUGAUGAGCGCAUAAUUGUUCAUUUUUAAAUGCAUGCACAGAUGUCAGAUGCAGAAUAAAAGCUUCCCUCUCAAGCCCCCUCUACCACAUGAGUUUAAAAAAGAAAUGACUUGACGAUGCAAAAUACUUUGUCAGGGAUUGGAGUGGAAAUUCUAUUGAUUCUAACAAUGAGACUUAAUUAUUUCUAAAACUGUUUCCAGCUCGCAGGUGUCUUCUCUGUUGGAUUGUGCUCAUCCAAGGGACAUGUAGCUUCUACUUUACGAGAGAUCUUGAAUUCCCAAAAGAGGGCUUUGCCUCCAUUCUAAAUGUUUUCUCAUUUAAAAAUGAUUAUUGUGAUUUUGAUUAUUUUUUUUUUUUAAUGUUGGAACAUACUUGUAAUGGGCCAUCUAGAUAACAUGCUUGUAAUGGGCCAUCUUGAAGGACCACUAUAGGCACCCAGACCAUUUCAGCUUAAUGAAGUGGUCUGGGUGCCAGGUCCAGCUAGGGUUAACCCUUUCUUCUAUAAACAUAGCAGUUUCAGAGAAACUGCUAUGUUUAUAAUAGGGUUAAUCCAGCCUCUAGUGGCUGUCUCAUUGACUGAUUUUCACAGUGAGAAGACGCCAGCGUCCAUAUGAAAGCAUUGAGAAUGCUUUCCUAUGGACUGCCUGAAUGCGCGCGCGGCUCUUGCCGCGCAUGCGCAUUUAGCCGAUGACGAGAAGAGUCGUCGUCCCGCCGGCGCUGAAAAAAGAGGUAAAUUUAACCUCUUCCACCCCCUAGAGCACGGCGGGUGGGGGCACCCUCAGGGCACUAUAGUGCCAGGAAAACGAGAGUGUUUUCCUGGCACUAUAGUGGUCCUUUAAGAUGCAGCUUCUCGGGGUCGGGUUGUUUUUGCUCUAUGUAUGACCCUUGUAUUUUCUGUUUUACAUGCAUGUAGGUUUGCUACCUUUUUUUGCUAGGGUGAGUUAUACCAGCAUUGCACGGAGAAAUGUGACAGAAUACUGCCUGGCUUAGUGAAAUUUACAGCAAUAAAUUUUAAAUGUAAUCCAUAUUUGCAUAUAACGUUGUAAUUCUUAUAUAGCGGACAAGUUGUACCAUCUUUGUAUGUACGAUACAAUGGCGCAUGGAUGUGGUUAGAUCCUCAGAGCCUGGUGCAUUGUUGCACAAUAUUUCUCGUGUUCAUUUUCCUAUGUUUGUGAAUCAGACAGGCUCCGAAUCUUUGAAAGGGAAACGGUUAUGAAGAAGUUCCAUCUUGGAGCCUGUGCAAAAGACUUGGCACUCAAUAAUCAAAUAUGUUUGCUUUUAGAACAAAUGAAAUUAUUCUUUUUAUGUCUACAAAAUGUGUUUACAGCUUCACUAGUAAUGAUGGAGCUGCAACAUUAGAUUUAUUGAAAUCAAAUAUUCAUUAUUUCACCAUAAAAGAAUUAGUGAGCGCAUCAACAUAUCCGUUCACACUUGAACCUUUCUCAAACUAGAUAAAUACCACUGUACGUGUCGGAAUUUUGCUGGGUACGACUUCACUGAAGGAACAACUGUUUCAAACAGUUCUUAUAUUGCAGCUCCACCAUGUACCCUUCCUUUCAAGGGAACUGUGGAACCAUAAAACUGCACUGUUGGUGUGCUAAUCCUCCACGUUUCUUCUUACUUAACCGCGGCAGUAAAAAUAGAGUUCCUAUCACCUCAGGCUGAUGGUGACGGAAUUAUUGUCUUAACAAUUGGGUGCCUUUUGUAACAUUUUAGAGUGCAAUGCGAUACAAGAGUUUUGUGGUAUAAUAUCCAUAUUUAAAAGAAUAACAGAUAAACAAUUGCAUUUUGGUGAUACCUCUGCUGUUAAUGUUUGUAGUAGUAGUAAUGUGAAAAUUGUGUUGGUGGAGAUGGAAGUACAAGAGGUGAAGGGAACAGGAUGAAGGAGGCAAAAAAAUGGAGGUGUGGGUGAGGGCAGUCAUCCUUCAGUGGUUCGUUCACAAUUGGCUCUCUCUCAAGGAUAGCCAUUGAGUCCAGUAGUACACUUAUCAGGAACUGGAGCACUCCUCUACAUUAGAGUCUGUUGGGCAACUGGAAGUGGUGUAACAAGUAACAUUCUGGUUUCAAAGAGACAGGUUUGUCUGUGAGGUUAGAGACAAGAGCAUGGACCUACUGUCAAAAGGGUUGUACCUGGGAGCACCCCCAUAAUAUGUACAAAUUGUACCAAUGUGUGAGAAGUUUAAAACCGGAUUCCUAAAACCUUGUGCUAAUGGACGUUUUGUAGAUUAACCUAAAGAUAUCGUGCCAUUCUUCCUUGGUGAACGAGCGCUGUAAUUCUUGUUGCUAGUACUUCGUGUUGUAUGGAGGGGGGGAGUCACAUGGAGGGGUGAUCAGGUCCACUUAUAGAAGAGAAAUCAUAUGGGGGGAGGGAUAUAUAAUCUUUCUGUGCCAUCCACUUCUGGUUCACUUCACCAUUCCUUGACCGCUUUUGCCUUCACAUCUUUUUUGCUUAUUCCUGAAAUUUUCCACUACUUUUAUAGUGGAAAAUGAAGCAAGCUUUGCAUUCGUCUGUCUUCUAGCUGAAUUUGAAAAGGUCACUUUAACAUAUCCGUUGUCAGGUCAGCCAUCAUCCAACCAAGGCUUCUGCUGUUUGCGAUCUCCCAUCGAGCACCUGGCUGGUGAUUUGCACUGUCCCCUGGGGAUAGUUUAGCUUUUGUCUGUUAAGUUAUGUAUCCUUUUCUCUGCCUGCAGUGACACUUUCUUAAUGGGAGCUGUCACUUCUACCCUCCUUCCAGAUUCUUCCUGGUGAGCGGUGGAUGAUUGUUCUUUGCUAAACCAAAACCGCUCGUUUCUUUAUUUUUUUAUUACUCUUUUACAAUGUGAAAUUUGCCGUCGCAUCUUUAUUUAUUUUUUUCUUUGUUUCCUUUUCUUUCUUUCUUUCUCGUUUUUCCAUGUGUAUAAAUGGAAUAGGCAAAUUUUGUACUGCAUGGUUUUUAAACACAUUACUCAUAAAAAAAAAAAAAGAGCAAGCUUUGAAUCGGUAACUAAAAAAACGCGUAGAGGCAUUCAGCAGAAAAAAAUAGGGCAAUUAGGGAAAUUGAAAUGAGAGGCUAGUGCUGACGGAAGAAGGUCUUAUCUUCAAUUUCUUGAUGACCUAAAGUUACGAGAAGAAACACUAAGUACAUACCCGGUCUGUAAAUAUUGUGGUCCACCAUGGUGGAGAGUUGUGUGGAACACUGCAUGAGAAGUUUUUAAAGAUGAUCAGUUUGGUGGAGAGCAAUCAUAAUCUGAUUCUGCCCACAAUUUGGUUCAAGUUUCCUUGAUAUGGUACGUGGCCUGCAGGUAUAACAAUCAUGCAGGCUAACAUACAGAAUUGUAGCGAUUUAAAUUAUGACUCUUUUGAGGUCCAGUAGAUGCUCUAUCCGAAAUAUCAUCUGCACUACCAUGUUGAUUUCCGUUAUAUAUUUUACCAUAGUGGGGCCUUUUCCUGAUCUAGAACCCAAAGUGUAUUUAAUGUGGUUUUAUGCCCAGUAUAGAAUUCCUUGCCAUUUGAAUGUACACCAAGACCCAUUUCAAGUUCUCUCCAGGAAGGAGGUAGGGACCUCAUUCAUGUGAUUGUGUGUCUCUGACUAUAUUUUGAGCUCUGCUUCCAUGAUAGAAUAGAUUUAUUGUGUUUAAUGCCUUUUAAUGGGGGCACUCUAACCACUGUAAUCUCUACAGCCUGUUGUAGUGGAUAUGGUGCUAGAAGGUUGCAGAGAUACUGUCGCCUCGUUCUGCGUCAAACAGUUUUGUGAAAUUUGACAUAAAACCAUAGUCGCCAGUGGCCCUGGCCCCUUCCCUCUGCAUAUUGCUAAUAAGGACAUUUCAAUUCUGCAUUAAUAAUGGUUUUAUCUAAAUUUGGGAAGCAUUGAUUGGCUCAGAGUGCCAUGCCCUAUAAGCUAUGUAUGGAAUCUGUAAAUUAACAUAGAAACAUAGAAUGUGACGGCAGAUAAGAACCAUUCGGCCCAUCUAGUCUGCCCAAUUUUCUAAAUACUUUCAUUAGUCCCUGGCCUUAUCUUAUAGUUACGAUAGCCUUAUGCCUUUAGAUUAAAUUCAUUAAAAAGUCUAAUAUUAAAGGACCACUGUAGUGCCAGGAAAACAAACUUGUAUUACUGGCACUAUAGUGUUAAUAGGUUCCCCCCUCCGGCUGGGCUGAAGUGGGAGGAAGGGGCUAAAAUCUUACCUUUCUCCAGCGCCGGCCUCCCUCUGCGCUGGGGACUCUCCUCCUCCUUCCAACGUCAUCGGCUGAAUGCGCAUGCGCGGCAAGAGCCGCGCACACAUUCAGUCAGUCCAUAGGAAAGGAUUUCUCAAUGCUUUCCUAUGGACACUGGCGUCUUCUCACUGUGAAAAUCAUUUUCGGCCAAGGGCAUCCUGAAUUUUCGGUUUCGGCCCAGAUUUUUCAUUUCAGUGCAUCCCUAGGUGACAUUAUCACAUGGUAGAUAUUGCUAACUCCUGACACUCUGGCUAUUGGGGAUUACCUUUCUCAUAAUGCUCUUGCUAGCUGAGUGUCUUUGGAAACUGAAUCCUUACUAGCUGGAGUGACAUCAUUGCUUUUAAUGGAAAUGGCAGAUAUUUAAUGUAAGUGAUUCCAACAGAAACAGACUGGCUGUGUCCUGUCAUCCUGGCGCUAGCUGUUUUGAAAGUUUCCUGGCUCAUACAGUGCAUUCUUUUUUUUGUGUUUUGCAUAGUGCUGGUUAUUGUGGGAAGCUUGGCCCUGAAAAUUUUGCAUGACCUAGUGAGCUGGCAACCUUCGAACCGUCAGCCUUAAGCAUACCCUUCCAAGAAUACAGCAUUUCACAGCACAUCUGAAGCCUGCUUUUAUUCUAAUAUUGCAGUUGGCUCUUACUCAUGCAUUCUUUUAUUUUUCUGCACAGUAAAAACGUAAAAUAUCUAAUUAUCACCUUACUUGAAAGAUGAACAGUUUACCUUUCCUUACUUUUUUAUGUUUUCUUUGAAUUUUGUAGCAGCCCUUUUAUCUCUUCUUUCCAUCUCUCGGGGCUUAUUUUGGCACGACCUAGCUGCCCACCUGAGUUUUAUAAUGACCUUUCUAAUAUUAAAAAGCCACUGUAUAAUAUUGACUUGGCUCCUCCAUUGAUCUUUUUAUGUAAAAGAUAUUCUAUACUAAUCAUAAGAAGAAAAAAAUCACCACUUCCUUUUUUCUUAUUUCAAUGAAAAAGUAUCAUAAGAAGGGUGUCAGACUAGAACUAUAUGCUUCUAAUAUGAUUUUACAGAUACAGUAACACCAUAUUGAUUUGCUUCCUGUCGAAAAUCAACAUCCAUCAUUGGCUAGUAAUAAGUUUAAAGGUUUGCCCCCCUGAUCAGGUACAAUAACCUAACAAAAGGAACUGGCCAUAUAUCUCAUUAAACGCUCAAUACGUCAUUCAACUGACUGUUUGCUGAACAAGAGAUAGCAAAUCUGUGUAAACCUUCUGUACUGCAGAGCCAAAAGCACAGCGGUCAAAUAAUCAGGAGGGGAAAUAAAGAAGCUGUAUUCUCUAUUGAUUCUAGACUGCAAUGUGUUACUGGAAUGAUGAUGUUCUGGGUACAUGGAAACACAUAUUUGUGAUGGUUAGACCAUUUGUGAUUUCAGAUGGCUUAUUUACACGGUUAACAAAAAUAAUUCUUAACAUUUUGGAACCAGACCUAGGUGUGCAGAUUUAUCCAUUGAGGAGAUCUUUAUAUAAACUUAAACAUCAAUAAACUGUUUGUCAUAAAUCUUUUAAAAGUCUUUUCACGGGCCGUAAAUCCUUAACACGUGGGAUUUGCCAAUGAAUGGUCUGUCUGUAAUUCAUAUGACGCAUUGAUCGGUGUGUGUGUUUUUUUUUUAACUUGGUGAUGUGGCAAUCUCUUUACAGGCAGCAGGGUUAACAAUACUUGCGUUGGGUGUCUACACUGCAAAGAAUGCCACUGGUGUCGCUGGCCGAUAUAUUGAGGCCCGUCUUGGCAAGCCAUCCUUGGUUAGAGACACUUCCCGUAUCACCGUGCUAGAGGCAGCAAAGCAUCCUGUUAAAGUAAGCACAUGGUAUAAAUUGAAGAUUCAUUGUAAAAAAAAAAAAAAAAACGUUCUAAGGGUCACGUCAGGUCUACACAUUUGUUUUUAGAUAAACAUACAAUCAGGACCAUCCAUUAUGUGGUUGACUUGAUCCACAUUUAAAGUCAUGGUUUAUUCACAGCCUUCUAACGUUGCAGGAGAUCCAUUUGCAUUCUAUGUUGUUUAUAAAGUGUCUUAUACAUGCAACAAACCACUAUUCUGCUCCCAACAUCCAUUUUAUGUCACCAUUGUUGGCCAGACUUUGGACACUCAAAUGUCAUUCAGUCAGCUGAUUGUCUCUUUCGGGCAUCAUGCUCAAUGUAGUUCCUGGAAGCUUAGCCAUCCUUAAAAAGCAGUGAUGGUUGACCUUGGUACCCCAUAUAUUUAAAGCACAUUUCCCAUGAUGCUUAGCCAACUAACCAUGGUGCCCCAGAUAAACAAUUCUGCAAAUAUGAGUUACAGCAGUUAGCCACCGCUGCGUCACAGUUUUAUAUUAUCAGUGCACUUAUUCAUGGUAUUGAUUAAACUUCUAUGGUAACUUAUUUUCCUCUCUCUGUGUUUUUAUUCGUAGGUGACGAAACGUGUUUUCAGCAAGGUUCAGGAUGCCUUAGAAGGUGUCGUUCUAAGUGUAAGUACCUAGUCCACUAAUACAAGUCAGAACUGUUUUAGUUCAGGUAUAGCCAUAUCACACAGGGGUGUAUUCACUACAAAGUGCAUCGAACAAUCAGAUUGCAACAUUUUCGCCAAAGUAGCCGAGUUGUCUAUUUUUCUAGAUUGGCUAGUUGUGUCUGGGGUUUGAACUGAAACAUUGCUUAUAUUGUUGGGAUAAACCUGUGUAAUUUUAAAGCACCUCAUUUGUUUAAGAUCCUCAUCUUUGCCUUAAAUGGGAUCCAUCAUAUUUAAGAUAAUUUUUGAAUACACUAUAAAAAAAAUAGAUCUAUUCAUAUAGUGUUUUCUCAGCCAUUUAUAUUAAUGUGUGCAAAUAGCUUCUUUCAUGGCUUUAUCUAAAUGAAAUGUAUUGGGGCCACUUGCUUGUGUGAAAGCAUCUUUUAAGCUCUCUCAUAGAAACCUAUGCUUGAAUAAUUAUAAAAUUAAUAUAACUCUUAAUAACUGUCAUGGAGGAGUCUUGUAUUCUUUAUGAAAUAUGGAAACUGAUUGUUUAUUUUUUUUCUGCUCUAUAUUCUUCUCCCAUUGGGCAAGAGCCAAGGAUGAUCAAUUCAUUUUCUACUCUUUCUUUCAGCCAAAACUGGAGGAGCGAGUGAGGGAUAUAGCAAUUGCUACAAGAAAUACAAAAAAGAAUAAAGGUCUUUAUAGAAACAUUUUAAUGUACGGCCCACCCGGUACUGGAAAAACUCUUUUUGCCAAGGUAGGUCUGGACUCGAGUUAUGGUGGAAACGGAGUUUGUAAGAUGACUGUACACAGUUGAAGAUAUCACUUUUUUUGUUUGUUUGUUUUUUUGUUAAUACAGUUGCUACAUAGGGGACUAUGUAUAAAGCGCAGUUGUGGGGCAAUGUUCUGUACGUGAAGCAAACAUCAUGAAACACUCUUGGUUUCCAUGGUGAUAGUAAACCUUUUAGAACUUUGUCCCAGAAUUUCUCUUUAUGCAGAACCCUGCAGUUUCUGUGCUUCCGAUAUAGAAUGGUGCAUUAAAUGUAGGCUAGAUCGCUCAGUGGAUAAGACUCCAGUUGCAUUAUCUCAGUCACAUUUUUGAUUCCUGAUAGUAGUCUCCACCUUUCAUUCUCCUGAGGUCAGUAAAAUGAGUAUUACGUUGGGUAACAAAAUAUAGACCCUAAGAUGUACUUGCCUGGUUAAAUACACUUAUGUUAUUACUAAUGUUUUUAAUUUAAAUGAACACUUCAAGCACCAUAACCACUACAGUGUGAUGUAGAUGUUAUGGUGCCCCUUCCUCCACAUUGGAUGUAGUCAAACUGUUUUAGAACAUUUUAUCUGGGACCUACCGAGCGCCACUCUCCCCCCCCACCCCCUCCUACUUCAUUUGGAGAUUCCUCCAGCUCUACCGAGCUAAGCCCUGCAGUACAGAUGUAGCUCAUUGGCUGUGAGCAUCAACUGAUUGCUCACAGGCAGUGAGGUAAGCCCAUUGGAUUUAGAUCAGAGAGACUGAAGUUCUGUGUUUGAAGUAGUGUAGGUAGAGUAAGAAGUCAGAACUGUUCUAAAACAUGCAAUGUGGUGCCGUGAGGCCUGCUCUUACGCGAUCCUUGGUCUGGAGCAGAAUUUACCUGACCAAAGAUCACUCUAUUUUUCCAGCAACAAGUUCGUAAUGUGAUGUAAUCUCCAGGCUCACGCUUGCAGUUAGCUUGUUGUAAGUUAGGUCGAUGAACUCUGAUGCUGCAUUCAGAGUGGGGAACAUGAAGAGUUCCUGUUGCUCUGUCACCUUCUGGGGUCUUGAUAUAUUUUGCAAAGACCCCAGAUUGUGACAGCUCCGCAGGCAAUCUGGUGGCCGCGAGCUGCUUUAAAACCAAAAUAACUUAUUGUUUUUGGCACAACUUAUAAACUGUAACUCUUGUGUUAGUGUUGAUCAUUUAAAUAGACUAGUGUUGAAUAGCAUGGGGUGCCUUAUUCAUCUAAAAUGUAGAUUACCGUAAAAAGAAAGCUUUAUUAAUCAAUAUAAUCUGUUUGUAUUGGAUGUAUUUAUUAUGGGUUUUUCAGUGUAUCCCUCCGAUGUGAUUCCCCUUGUAUUCAUAGACCAUCCCUACACAUAGUUUCCUUUUGCUGCAUAUUUUCAGUGUAUUAGGAAGACUGCUUUUAUUGAUUUGUGGGACACGCUUUGCUGAGCUCGGUUAAAAAUUCUGCGUGGUUUUCUCCUUAAUUGAGAAAUGGACUAUAUUUAUGUGAUCCACACCGCUCAUUGCUUUCUGGGAUUGAUGGCACUUUCACCCUCCCCCCCCUCCAAUCCCCUCCCCAAAAGAAAGAUAUAUGAGAUUGCUCCCCAGUGCCCAUUAUAGAAUGUUUAACAAGACCAUUGAUAGAACAGGGAAUGAGAAAUUGAUGUUUUUCAAGAUCAAAAACCUUUUCCUUUGAAUCACUUGGCUGUCAGAAAUAAAUGAAGCGUUAUACACUUAGCUGCUUGCAAACCCACUUAAAGUUGCUUUUAAAAUGCCCUCACUGCUUUAACAAUUAUUUUAAUGUUACGAGCAUUUGCCAUAGUCUUGAGCAAAAAGGAUUUUGGCAAAGCAGUCAUGUGAUUGCAGCCUCUUCUCUCAAUGCUCUGUAAGCCAUUGCUGUUAUAUAGUGAUAAUCCCAUUGUAUUUGUGUUUUGUUUUUUUGUUUUUUUCAUCUGGAAGUUAUAUGGUUAAAUGUUUAUGGGUCACUGGUUACAAAGUGUCCGUAAUAAAUGCAGAGUGAAAUGUCUUGUAGUGUUUAUAAUCACAUGUGUUUUUAGCUGCUCUCCUUUUGCUGUUAUCAUACAUGUCAAAAGACUGAGUGAUUGGCGAUAGAUGACUAUUUAGUGUGUGAUGAUCCAUUAUUUUUUAAUGCAUUGUAAAGCAGAUAAAAAAAACUCAGUCCUUGCAUUGGGUUUAAAUUACCAGGGUUCUGCAUGGAGUGCUGUCCAGGCCAGCAGGAUUGGGAUUCAGCCAACAUUUCUGCUUUCUUAACAGUGCUGGGGAUUACGGGAGUUUUAGUUCAGUUCUUAACUCUCUACUGUAGAAAGUUAACAGAACUUCAACUCCCCAAAUCCUUUGCCGUGAAGUUUCUCCUAAUUAUACAGAUGACAUCACUUACAUUUGUAUUUUGGAGCAAAAUGGUGAACCAUAGCCUGUGGGAGGGAGGGACAGAAAGAGGUGAGCUUAUGGGGCAUGCAUAUUACAUCUGUGUGAGUUCCCAGAGUGCCCCUUUAAGGGCAGAAUGUAUUUGAAAAAGAAUGAGGGCAUAAAUUGAGAAAGAUGGCAAUAGUGUGUAUGCCUUAAAAAAUAUUGGGGCGGGGAGAAAGAGUAUCUAGAGAAUAAGGAGAAAGAAACAUGGCUGUAGACACAUUGACAUAUAGCCUGACUGUAAAAAGAAUGACUUAAAAGAGGGCACUGACUGUCAAAAGGAUGGUGUAAAGGAGGAGUGUGGCUGGAGAGAGAAUGGUGUAAAGGAGGAGCGUGGCUGGAGAGAGAAUGGUGUAAAGGAGGAGCGUGGCUGGAGAGAGAAUGGUGUAAAGGAGGAGCGUGGCUGGAGAGAGAAUGGUGUAAAGGAGGAGCGUGGCUGGAGAGAGAAUGGUGUAAAGGAAGAGAGCGUGGCUGGAGAGAGAAUGGUGUAAAGGAGGAGCGUGGCUGGAGAGAGAAUGGUGUAAAGGAGAGCGUGGCUGGAGAGAGAAUGGUGUAAAGGAGGAGCGUGGCUGGAGAGAGAAUGGUGUAAAGGAGGAGCGUGGCUGGAGAGAGAAUGGUGUAAAGGAGGAGCGUGGCUGGAGAGAGAAUGGUGUAAAGGAGGAGCGUGGCUGGAGAGAGAAUGGUGUAAAGGAGGAGCGUGGCUGGAGAGAGAAUGGUGUAAAGGAGGAGCGUGGCUGGAGAGAGAAUGGUGUAAAGGAGGAGCGUGGCUGGAGAGAGAAUGGUGUAAAGGAAGAGCGUGGCUGGAGAGAGAAUGGUGUAAAGGAGGAGCGUGGCUGGAGAGAGAAUGGUGUAAAGGAGGAGCGUGGCUGGAGAGAGAAUGGUGUAAAGGAGGAGCGUGGCUGGAGAGAGAAUGGUGUAAAGGAGGAGCGUGGCUGGAGAGAGAAUGGUGUAAAGGAAGAGCGUGGCUGGAGAGAGAAUGGUGUAAAGGAGGAGCGUGGCUGGAGAGAGAAUGGUGUAAAGGAGGAGCGUGGCUGGAGAGAGAAUGGUGUAAAGGAGGAGCGUGGCUGGAGGAAAUACAUAAAGUGGUAGAUACCUAUGAACUGGCAUAAGGAGAGCUGGAUGUGGCUGGAGAAAUCUAGAAAGCAAGUUUGAGGGAAAAAUUGCAAAUAUUUAUAUUAAAAAUUAAAAAUACAUAUGCACUUAUAUAAACAAAUGAAAAUGACAAACCGGUAGAAUCCCUAUGAUUACGGCUCUUAAAUAUUGAUUAGACUACUUUGUGUUUCCACACAGAAAUUAGCCGUGCAUUCUGGCAUGGAUUACGCCAUCAUGACCGGAGGUGAUGUUGCCCCCAUGGGGCGAGAAGGAGUUACCGCAAUGCAUAAAGUUUUUGACUGGGCAAACACAAGCAAGAGAGGGUAAGUAUAGCAACAAAUGCUAGGAAAAAAUAAUAUUGGUAAUUUUCAUCUGAGAGAUCUAUAAACAUUUUAGAUGCUGAAGAGCACACAGUACGGAGAAAUUAGAGCAGGGGUGCAAAAAAGGUAGAUGCCCAGAUGUUUUAAAACUAUAACUUCCAUGAUACCUUGUCAUUCUAAAGGCACGCAAAGCUUAAUGGGAGUUAUAGUUCUACAACAUCUGGGGCUCUACCUUCUAGGCACCCCUGGAAUAGAGAGUCAGGUUGACCCAGGGUGGUGAUGCAAGGUUCUCUCAGCUGUUGGUAAACUAUAAAUCCUGCAAUCCAAUAUUCCUUUAAGCCACUGUAGACCUGCGGGUUAAUGCACAAUGUCCUGGAGUCGUGACUGUGAUUUGUCUUUCUGAAAAGCAGACUGCUGUGAGCUCCCAUUCUGCUAUGUUAGCCUGACCCAUAUACUAAAAUGGAAACUAGGGCAUUUUCCUCUCAUAGGUGCGGAAAGACUUUCCUAAAAUAGACCCAUGUGGGAAAAAGUCGGUGUUAACCCAAUCGUGACUUCUGUUCUCUUGUUCAGUUCUUCAGUUGCACCAUAUUCCUGUCCUAUUAUCUAGUCCGGGAUAUACCAUAUUCCUGUCCUAUUAUCUAGUCCUGGGAUAUAAAUCCAUUUACAGAUACUCUCCCAAUUGCAGGUUUUAGCCUCCUCUUUAAUAUGUUAAAGGUGGCUCCGUUGGUACUUGAAUCUUUUAUCAAUAGUCAUCGUAUGUGUUCCAAUGUAAUGUUACAAUCAGCCAGUGAUAGAACAGUCUCUGUGCAGAUUCCCCUCAUUUAGCCCAAGUACUUUGCAUCUUCUAAUUUAGCCGAAUUUGCUUUUUCUUUCUUCCCCCUCCACAGCCUUCUGUUGUUCGUGGAUGAAGCUGAUGCAUUUCUCAGGAAGAGAUCCACGGUAUGGUGUAGUGAUUUUGUUUUUUGUUGUUUUGCUUUUGAGACAGUUCCCCGUUUAUUUCCCUGUUUUUCUUUUUACCUCGGCAAGAAAAGGGGGGGGUGAUGCUUGGACGUUAAAUGGGCACAGUUUGCUGUGUUGAUAGUCUCCCCUCCCCCCAAUCCCUUUGGUAAAACGUUGAGCUUCUUUUUAGUCAUUCUUCAGAGAGGAUUCAGUGUGUUGUUUUACUUAAUAUAAAUGCACGUGUGACUACAAUAGAUCAUUGUAUUGUAUCCUUAAUGAUUUAGGCUUUGCCAGGAAUAAUGUACUCCAGUAUCUAGCUAAGAGUUGCAACUCAAAUACAGCUAUUGUGACAAGUAGGGUGAGACCUAUUUAUGGAAAUGUUCAAAUAAAUAGAUUGCUCCAACUCCUUACAUAGUAACAGACUGACGGAUGUACCUAUGACAUAUAUUACACUCCCACCACUGUCCUCUUCAAAGCUGCCAUUUUGAAUGCAACAUUAGAUUGUAGUGUACGGGUGAUCCUGCUAUUUAUCUCGCUACAUAUUUUAUUAUGUAUGCUAAAAUAUUCUAAAUGCAUGACAAAAGGCUGAGAAAGAUGAUAAGGUAAAAAUAUAUGCUUCUACUAUUAAGUGUCACUGUUGAUUUCCAGGGUUUUUGUUUGUUUGGUUUUUUUUUUUAUAUUCAUUAAGGGAUUAAUUGUCUGUUUGUUUUUUAAAGUCCAUCCCAAUAUAUUUGCCACGUUGGUAAACCUCCUUCAGAAGCCCUUUGUAACGGACCGUUAAGCACACAAGGGGUUAAAAUCCGUUUAGGCAAUAUUCCUCUUCCAGAUAGACGAGCAGCUACCGUAAUCACCAAUCUCCCGAACUGCAAACACAUGAAUACUCCAACUCCCGAACAGGAAACAUGCAAAUGCUGUAAACAGCCGAACAGGAAAAACCAUACGAACAGUUUACACUCCUGGCAGUCGCACUGUAACAGCAUACAAUCCAAUUCCCCCCAAGAACGAGAUGACACUUCAUUUGAGGGUCAAGCAGAACUGAUUUACUGGGGCUACCUUCCCGGCUUUUAUGCAGGUCUUCCACCUGGUGGACACUCCCCUAGGGGACCAGAUGGAGAACUGGGAUACAUAGUGGACCUUGACCAAUUACAAGCUUACACAUUUAAAUACUCCCACAAUGCAUUAUAAUCCCUCCUCUCUGUCCUGGAGAUAAUUGGGAAGUAAUCCAAUUAUCUCCAAGGACAGAGGCAAAACUCAAUUAGCCACAUGUUGGUAAAAAGACAUAAAAUUACACAGUGUUACAAUUACUACAUAAAACAUAUACAUUCAACAUAUCCCCAGAUAGCUUAGAUCUGAGCGCACAUGAUUACCAAAUGGCGCUCAGAUCACAUACAUACAGUUCAAUCACCAUGGAGCCAAAGUCUUUCACAUAGUCUUUUGUUACAUGAAUGGGCUCCAUGGCAUAGCUAUCUGGGGUAACACUACUCCCAUAGGGAGAGUACCGAACAGACGGCGUUCGUAUGAAUUGCAGGAGAAGGGAGGUCGGCGGCUCAGCGGUGUUCGUGCAAAUAAGUGUCAGUUUUGAGUUCCAUAGAUUUGGAGCUGAACACCGCUGGCCGUUCGGGAGUUUAAGAUGGCCGCUGCCACGUGUUCGGUUAUACGAACAGCGGCCACCCAGUGUUCACAAAUUAAGCUGCGGUUAACCGCAGCUUCUGGGAGGUAAAUCACUGGCACACUCCUUGCCUAGGUGGUCCCCCCAUUCACUGUUGCGGAGAUCCGUUCCCUCUUCCUAGAAGUGAUGUCUAGCCUUUGUCCUGCAGAUAUUUAAGCAUCAUGGGUAAUAAAGUUCACAAAUAUUUGGAGUGUCAAGGUAAACAAGAGUUAUUUAAAUUCCUACAGGGGCAUGCUCCACUUUUCACAACUAUAGAAGACUGCUAGAUAUUAUUAAUAUUAUAUUUAUAGAGCGCCAUUAAAUUCCGCAGCGCUUUACAAUGGGUGGACGAAUAGACAUGUAGUUGUAACCAGACAAGUUGGACACACAGGAACAGAGGGGUUGAGGGCCCUGCUCAAUGAGUUUACAUGCUAGAGGGAGUGGGGUAAAAUGACAUAAAAAGGUAAGGAUAGUAUUAGACAAGUGACCGUUGCAGAAGAGGAAUCAGUCAGGAGCUAUUAAUAGUUUAAUUAAUACGCUUUUAUGAAGAAGUGGGGUUUUAACGAUUUUUGGGGAUAGUGGAUAUAAUUUAAUACCUCAAAUAUACUUGAAUUUGCUACUUUUAUCACCUUAUCAUUUUAAUCCCUUUCUGUCUUUUAUCUUUCCAGGAAAAGAUCAGCGAAGAUCUGCGGGCAACACUAAAUGCCUUCCUUUACAGAACAGGGGAACAAAGUAACAAGUACGUGCCGUUGCAAAUACCAGGCUAAGUAAACGCUUACUAGUAUAUGGAUAGGAGAGUGUAGUAUGCAACCAUUAAGAGAGUAUUGGGAGUUGCAAUCCAGUCACAGGUUAUCAAACCUUUUAUGUUACAUAGUUCCCAUUUUACAAAUGCCAGAUUAGCCACAUGGGGACAUCUAUAAAUGCGUACCCUCUGAUCUACCAGUUAAUUUCCUAUGCAUUGCUUGCAUGGUUUGUUCCUUUGAUGUGUUUAAUGGUUUGUGUGUGUGUGUAUUCUAGACAUUACUAGCCAACUCAUUUUUGAUCUUUUCUGUUAUCCUUACAUAUCCUUUAGUGCUAGGUCAUUUAACUGCCCAUUUCAUGUGACUAGCAGCUGCUUGCAUUUUUCUGGAUAUCUAAGGAUAUCUGUGGUUUAUACAUUUUUCGGCUAAUUUUUGUUUGUUUUUUGUUCUUUGUUGGUUUCACGGUUUAGCAUUCAGCAGGACAGAGGUUUUUUUAUUUGCAACGUGGCUUUCAUUUUAAUGUCCAUUUGUGUCCUCAGUUUCUUGCUAAUCACCUGGUUUGCAGAGACAUUAAAUACUAACUUUAAACAUUCUAUUUCCACAUUACAGUGUGCAAAAAAAACCAGGCCAAUUAUCAAUACAUGAUGAUCUGCUUGCAGUUCACAUGCAUCCACUAUUACUUUAAACGAUCGCCGUUAUUUUAUUAAAUAAGGAAUGGUUUACAACCCGUGUAUGAAUCCUGUGAUAUUGAAGGAGUUAAGUGGGAGAUGCUGUCCUGUCCCUGCUGCGGGUAGAUUAAUGCCUCGCGAUAAAGUCUUUUUGUACCAUAAUGAGCCAUGCUAAUGGGCCAGCUUGUUAAAAUGACAUGCAUUCUGUGCACAGUAUAGGUAAUGAAAUACAAGCAACAAAUAAAGAGCUGCCCGAUUUAUAAUUCAGCUGGUUUUAUUGCUACUGGAAGCCACAGCGAGGGACAUUGUGAUAUAAAAUAUGUAAUAUUUUGAGGUUCAUUUCAAGUAAUUUCUAUUUUUGUUCUUAUGGAUAAAAAUUCCGCUCCAAACUAUUUAACUAUUUUCUACAAAUGUUGGUUACUUAUAGUGUAAUCCAAUAUUCAAUUUCUUCCAAUAGGCAGAUGCUCAUGAUGACCAAUAUUUGUCUAGUGGUUAAAAUGAAAACGGUUCCUUAAAAGGAACUUGGCCAGUACUAUAUUUUACAUUUUUUACACUAUGUAGUACAGCAAAGCCCCCCAUCGCAUAUUUGAGAGUUUCACGUGGUGUCAGCAAGAGAUCAUUGCUUUAUUUUAUUAUCGUUAGAAAACAAACUUAAUAAAUGGUAGUGUGUAUGUGUGUGUGUCAAUAAAGGCUCAUAUACAUAGUUGUGGACAUUCUACAUUCUGGUUAGUCUGUGAAUGAUUGGCAAAAAAAAAUAAUUUGUUAUAUUUUAUUUAGUUCAAAUGCAUUGUUAUUUAAGUAUUUAUUUAGUAAUCUGCUCCUGUAGACCUACAAGAUAUGCAUGCGACAAAAUGCGAUCUCCGCAGAGUAAGACCAUUGCAGAGCAUUUCUACCCAUGCAUGAUCUCUUCUCAAUUACUAUUGAAUUCUCUUUCAUGGGCUUGUUUAAAUUAGAGCAAAACAAAUUUUUGCAUUGGACAAAGCUUGUAGUUUAGGCAUUUCAGACUUCUGUGAAUGCACUGGUGAUUGCCCUGAUGAGCUAAAUAAACGGGAGGAGGGGAAAAAACGAAGAAUAAGCCAUGACGACAUGUUACCUGGUGGCUGCGUCCCUCGGCCAAAUCAUUUACACCAAUCAUGGAUUUGAUGGAGAAACCCCAGUGUAAUGCAGUGAAUGUCGCUACAGUGUGCUAGGGUCUAGAGCUACCUGAUGAGAAUUUUUUUUUAGGAUUUCCGUGAAAAAUAAAAAUUGGUGCGGUCUAGUUUUCACAUAUAAUUGAAAAAAAAUAAAAAAUAUUUAUUACUGCAGAAAGAUGGUAAAUGGGUCAUUUUAUUGAAUUCAUUAAUUUGAAUUAAUUCUGGAGCAAAAUUGGUGUAAUUGAAAUUUUUUAUUAUUAUAUAAGUGAAUCAAAAAAAGUACUAGGUGGAAGUACUACUUCACCCCGAGAUUUAGAAAAAAAAAAAAGUGUAUUCUAAAAGGCAAUCCUUAAUAGUUUGGGUGGGGGGGGGGGGGUUGUGUGUGUGUGUGUGUGUGUUUGGGUUUUUUGUUUUGUUUUGUUUUUGGUGCUAUGUAAUAGAUGGUCUACUCUAGAAAUACAGUAAAUAUAACACCAAUUCGAACUUACUAGAACAAGAGGUAGUGACUGCCCUGUUUUAAGAGAACUUAAAAUUAGAAGAAUUGGGUGGUUUUUGGAUCUCUCCUUAUCCUUAUAGAUGUAAAUGGAUCUCUGGUCUAUGAAGUUUUAGCUAAUUUUUUUACCGGCAUGGACACCCUCUCCUUUUUCAACGUUUUUAUCACGAUGUUACUUUGAUAUCUCUGUACAUUUACAUUGUUAGCAUGUAGCACUGCAGUAUACCUUGUUAUUGAAUCUGUGAAAGAGAACACAAGUUUCACAAUGUUAUUGAAAGUGGUUUGUUCUCUGUAUGGUGGCUCCUUUAAAAAUGACCUAUUGUAAAGGUGUGUUUCUUAAAUAAAAGGAUCAAAGCGGCACUAUAAAUCCUUAUUUCUGUCACUUUGCGUGAGGACAGAUGUCUUUUAUUAGGUAGUAAUUUAAUAUAGUUUGAAGUGGCUGUUGAAGUCAAUGGGAGCUUUCCUCUAAUAACUACUGAAAUGGCCACUGCAGUCAUUUCUGAAUUACCCCUUAGAGAGCUUGCUAAAUGUUUUAUGCUUGGAUCUUCAGAGGUCAAAGCCAUAAAAAUCAACUUGCUGAUGAUUAGAAAGUGUAACCCUAUUGGUGCCUGGGUAUAUCUGCCUACAGUAUUUACAAAAUCAUGUAUUUUUUUUACAUGCUUAAUGGUCACACGUGAUUGUGGCAGAGUUGUAUGUUGUAUGGCAUUUCUUGGCAUAAUUAAAUGUGAUAUCAUUGUAAGAGUGUGUGUGUGUGUAUUUUUGUAGACAAAACCAACUUGGGGUUUUUCACAAAAGCAUGAUUUGUUGGGAACUCAGAGUAAAAAUUGUAUUUUAGGAUGAAAUAGUCAAACGUAGAAAAUUUUGCCAUUUUUGCCCAAAUUUUGAAAUCCACCUUGAAUUCAUGACAGUUCACACUUUAGUGAAUAACUUUGGCAAAGUGUAAUGGUUUUCUAGAACCCUGGAGAGGUUACUCACACAUGCAGGGAAACGAGCCACCCAGUGCACAGUUGGUUUAUCAGUGAUUGGCAGCCUGGCAUAUUGGCUCGGUUUCAUGUUCACCGCUGAAUGACAUGCCUCCAUUGUUGGGCCAUACCACCCUGUAUCCUGUUUUAAACUACCAGCUAAUUCUGAUGAUAUACAGAAUGAUGCUUCUGACUAUUCUAAGAUCCAUUAUGUUGUGCAGUUAACAGGAUUGACUGAUCAUUCAUUGUCCUGUUUGUCAAAGCAGAAACUGAGUAGUGCUAAGAUAAAAGGCUAAAUUUGGAAUCGUUCACCAUAGAAACCAACAAAUUUGUCAAUUGUGUCUUUCAAGAUAGUUCAGCCUGUUAUGAAAUGUUUCAGUUCUGCGUAAGCAGAGUGUUUUUUGUAACUUUUUCUUUGUUUCAACAUCCCCAGGUUUAUGUUGGUAUUGGCAAGCAACCAGCCUGAACAGUUUGACUGGGCAAUAAAUGACCGAAUAGAUGAGAUUGUCAACUUCGCUCUUCCAGGACUGGAGGAGAGAGAGCGUCUUGUUAGACUUUACUUUGAUAAAUACGUCUUAAAACCUGCAUCGGAAGGCAAGCAGUAAGUAUGCGCAGUUGACGUUUUAACCAUUUUGCAAAGAAACAGUGGCUAGUGUAAAUUUUAUAUAGCAUAAAUUGGUACUUUAUCCUACAUUUCCAUUGAUGUGCAAGACCACUUCCCUUUUCUACCCCUGCCAUGUCUCCCUCAAAGGCACUUUGUACAGCAUAAGCGUCUUUGAGCAGUGACCUCUUUUAUUGACACUGCUGAGGGACUGAUAAGGGACGCUGUCUCUGGCGUGCCACUUGGCUAUCUAAUUGUGGACAGCUAAAUGUCACUGGACUACAUAUCCCUUAAAUUCCUUAUCUUACUUAAUUAUGGGGUUUGAAGUCCAGUUGCAUUUAGCAGGCUUAAGCAGAAAUUGUGGCUUGUGAGACAUCGUAAUUAUUCUAACAUGUUGCAUCUUGUAAUUUCUUUGGCUUCAAAGGUUUAAACCUAUUGGAUGUACAUUGUGAAUAUCACCCAAGUGUAGAAUCAAAUAUAUUUGUAUGUAUCUUCCUUCUCUAUUCUCAGACGUUUAAAACUUGCCCAAUUCGACUACGGGAAAAAGUGCUCUGAGCUUGCAACGCUGACUGAAGGCAUGUCAGGCAGAGAGAUUUCCAAACUAGGAGUAGCAUGGCAGGUGAGAUGGAAGUUGAUUUGUUAAUAAAGUUUUGGUUUUUGUAUUUUGAAUGGACAUUGGGGAGAUGUCCACACUGGGUGCAGUCUGUGCCUGAUUUAUCGUCCAUGUCUUCUUGAUAUAAAGGAAAAAAGAAAGAAGUAUAGAAUAUUGCAUGAUGGCUUUAGGUCUGUUUUUCAUCUGUGAAUCAUAUCAUUUCCAAUUUGUUCUAGUCACAAACGUGGUGACUAUGCAUUGAGGAGUCUGAUUCAAAGGUGUUUUUUUUUUUUUUUUUUUUGUACCAAAUCCACAGCCCCAAUGGGAUCCUCCCUUCACUUUUAUAUACUGUCUACUUUAAAUGGUUUCUUUGUUUUUAUUAACUAUAACUUUGUGUCAUGUCCUCUAAGUAUUGGGCACCAGCGUAGGUUGGUGGGAAUAAAUUCCUCUUUAAUACUAAGCUGGUGACCUGUAACAUGCGUACAGCUAAGAAUACAAUGUAUUUGUCUCUGCGCAUUGAACUGCGUGUAUUAUGGGGCAAAACCAGUGUUACAUUGCAUUGCACAGACCCGGAGAAACAUGUUCUGUAUCCUUCCUGUCAAUCUCUAUAUUUUCUUGCACUUUUACCGAGACCAUGUGUAGACUUAUAGUUUAGCUGAUAAUGGGAGCUAGGCCAAUCUGCACCAUUCAGUGUAGCAGAUUAUUAAAAGGAUGCAUGACCAUAUACUCUGAAUAGGUGGAAUCUUUUUUCCCCAAAAGCGGGAUGAUGGGGCUGUCCCGACAAAAUCGGAACUAUUAUGAGUCAUGCUUGUGCACAGCUAAAUUCUUCAUGGUAUCAUUAUGCCUGUUUAUGUGGGUCAUCUUGGGAGGAUGGUGGUACCUGCACAUGCCUCCGCUUUCUAGCCCCCAUAUUAAACACUUCUACAGUGGUCAUGGCCAACACAAACUAUUGUUACCCACAAAUAGACAGACAUACAAAUAUACACCAUGUGGUAAAAAUAAGUAAUUAUACUUCCCUGGUGUUGUAGCUCCCUUGGAAAUAGUACUGAAACUAAAUAAUCACAACCAAAAAAUUAAGAAUCUUGUGUAUUCAGGAGAGAAAGACACACUACAUGAUUUUAGUAAGGGUCUCCCAAUUUAGACUUCAAUUUUUAUUAAUUUUUUUGCAUAUGCUUUUCAAAUGAGUCUGUCAGAAAAUAUUUUCAAAUAAUUUAUGUCCAAAAUACACUAUUAAAGGAAAACAAAUAGUUUCUUUCUUUUUACAAAAAGUGCGGUUUUCAAUAGAAAUUGGCACGAUUAGAAAUGUACCUUGUUACACCCCCCUAGCUGUCAGUCAAGCAACCAGUCCUGUUACUUCCUGGUUGCUUAGCUCAGUGGAGCUUAACUCUGAAGGUGUUGCCAAGAGCACCCACCUUGCAAAGACUUGUCAUUGAGCUCCAUUGGGAAGACUGUGAUUGGGCAGCCACAGAAAAUCUGUGCUGGGUUAGAUGAGGAGGGCUUACAAGGGCAGCAGACAAAAGAUCUGCAGCUUUUGCAAGCUGUUUUUAGAUGUACUCUUAAUAUAAUAUAAUUGCAUGUUUUUGUUUUUUUUUAAUAGAGGUAAACUAAACAGGCAGUUAGAUUUAUUUGGGUAGAGUGGGUGUCCCUUUAAGGUCUAGUGUAGACACAAUCAUUUUUUCAGCAGAUUGUGAUCCUUUCAAAAGCUUAUAAAAAAAUACAUUGGGGGCCUUAUUCUAAACCUUCUGCUUCUUUGAAUCCUUGAAUAUCAAUAAUCCCCCUAUGCCUUUAGUGUACUUAGGAUCACUUUCUAACAUCUAACAAUACUCAUAUGCACACUUUGUGUUUUUUAACCUGGAUUGUGCUGGAAAAAAUAGUUUUACAGUUCUAAUGUCUAAUUUCUCCAACCGUCUUAAUCCAAUUGCCACACGCAGUCUAUCAAGGAUUUCGAAUUGUAUUUUCGGUUCUGCUGCUUUUUUUUGGUUAUUUACAUAGGAUUCCUUUUUUUGUUUUUUUUUCCUCCCUUGGGUGAUAGGGAAAAAAACGAAAUAAUAUUGUUAAAAGGGAAAGGAUGCGAACAGGCAAAUGAUACUGCGCCGGACGAUUGAGCUCAGGCAGCUCAGCGUCUGUGACAAAUUGCAGAAAAUGACUUUGCAGAGCAACAUUUUAAGAUGAUUAUCUCCGCUGGGUGGAUAACCAUUUACAUUAGUGAGGGCCGAAGUGUGGUAAGCCUCGGUGCUGCUGCCGCAUUGAACGAAAGCGUUUACAUUGACUGUCUCCCCGUAGACUGCUUUGCCUUUUGUCAGGCUCAGGUUGAUUGUAAGAAGCAAUUUAUUCCUGGCUCUGCAGUAGAUGCGUAGCACGUGGAUCAGGGGUGCCACUGCAGGAUAGAUUUUAAAAGCAGCGUUAAUGGUGCUACUGUGGAGAGAAUGGAAGGGGCAAGACUGUUCAUUGCAGCUGUGACAAAGCAACCUGUUUUACAAGACUUGAUGUAAAGACAAUAUACUGGUUCUUUACAUAUGCAACCCUUUGCAUAAAACAACUUGCCUUUAAAGAGAUUCCUUUUGCUAGAGUGAUAACCCCUGGCAGGGUACUACAAUAUGACAAUUUGUUCACAUCCCAGUUAUUCUAUUUUUAUGGAAAGCAGUAUUGACCCUUUAGCUAUUUUUUGCAACGUGAAUACUCUGUGGCUUCUUCGAAAACUGCUAAAAUCCGUGUAUUCAAUUUCUAGCUAAAUAUCUGUAUUUUCAUUAUUUAUAUGAUUUGUGAUCUGAGUCCAUUAAGAAAUGAAUGGUGAUUAUUUUAAAUGUUUACUUUGUGGCAGUGACCACAGAACAGAAUUUGUUCGAUAUAUUGUUAAAUCUUUCAGAAUGACUUGGGGGAGGGGGGGAUAUGAAAUGAGUAUAAUAUGAAAGCUUUAUCUUGAUACAGUGCUGCUAACUUACAUAUCUCACUGGUUGCAUUUGAACUGGGGAGCGCUUAUAUGGCUUGUGGGUAAUGACUGUUUAAGCUCGAUCCAUUUAUUUCUGCAAAGGAUGGCCAUCAUGCAUACAGUGGUCCUUACUUUUAACACCAGAUAGAAGCCCGCUGGCACUUAGAAGAAGCUUUUAGUAAAGAAGAGAGCUUUCACCCUGGCCAUGCUGGUACUGUUCAAGUUAACGGAACAGUGCUAAUUAUUUUUUCAUUAAAAAAAAAAGCUAUAAUUUUUGUUUUCUUUACUGUAAGAUAUAUUGGUGAGCGUACCCAAAAAGGCUUACCGUAUAUAAUAGGCUUAUCAUAUUGGCUUCCACUAUCACGCAGAGGAGGCACCAAAAUGUAAAAAGCAUAAUAAAUACUAUAUAAUUAAGUGAUGAUUAAAUGGAAAAAAGGGUAGAUGGCAGAGCUAUUUAAAAAAAGAAAAAAAGUGUGUCCAUUAUUUUGGCAUUGUUAGUAGGAUCCAAUUUUCUUAAAUGUGGCAAUAUGUGCAUAUUUAAAAUGUUACUAUUACUAGCACUUAUUUUCACGAUUUUCCCCACAAUGUCUACAUUUUUAUGAAUUGUCGUCUAUUAUUUACUUCCAUUAAUCAUUAUCGUAUGUAACAAAUAAACAGCCGUACAUUUUCUUUAAAUGCAUUUAAUGCCACAAACCCUGUUUUGACCUAUUCUCACCAGAUGAUUUCAGGACUGUAAUUAAAAUACACCUCCCUGUGUGUUUGUGUGUCUGGGCAAGUGUACCUGGUGUCUGAAUAAAUCCGCAAGAUCUCGAAUGAUCGAUCCAGAUAUGUUGCUCAUGUUGGAGAGACCGAUUUGCUUUGUAUUGUUGCUGUGUAUGGUUAUGUGAGGCUUGAUGGAAUUGUUCUAUUGGAUUGUGUUUGUGUCUUUCCUUUUGCGCUGAUAAACACUGCAUAAUUUAUUAGUGCACAGUAAAUUAAGAAGCAAAUGGUAACCUCUGCACCCUGCCGAGAAGGAGAAUCUGUCCAGAUGAAUACAUUAACUAUGUUCACAUAACCUAGAGCUUUGUCCCCAGGUCUGCUCAGAGAGAGUAACCUUGUUAAAGGGUAUCACGCCUUCUAGCUCGGCUGAAGAGUUGCUUUGUCAGCCAAGUCUGCGGAAAUGGGUUAACAUGUGCGCAGGGGGAGAUAAAAUGUAUGAAUAUGAAUGAGACGGGACGCUGGGUUCAGUACGCCAGCAGCUAGCUCUCAUCAGAGACAGCCACUCUUCUCUCUCGUCGUCUUUCCCAUCCCUCCCUCUCUCCCCCUCCUCCUCUUUCCAUGCCCAUCCGCUUUCCCCUGUCAGGAAGGGACCCCGCAACUCUGCUAUUUUUAGAAAGUCAUUCAGAAAAGCAUCCAAGCGCAAAGCCUGGCAGUGUUCAGCGGCUGGAUGCAGGGAUGCUCUGAUGGCUUGCGAGGGAUGCACAGUUUUGUGGGUAUUAGGUGCAAAAUGUGAUGCUUGCAGCCACUACUGCGCCGCCUUCUUACUUGGAAACAUUAACGCCUUCACUGCUGGAAUCUCCGUAUACCCUAUUAAUACAUCACAUUCCAAUGUUUUGCAUGUCCACACUGGUAUAAAAAAAGGGGGGUGGGGGUUUAUCGGUGCCAUCACACUGCACCUUUCAGCUGUUUCUCUGAAAUAUCUCUAAUCUUGGUUUAAUUAAAAUGCCAUAAUGGUUUCUAUAACCGUACAUACAGGGCGAGAUUUGCUAAGGGUGUGAAUGUAAGAGAGGAUUGACUAUGGUCCAGGUAUGUCUGCUUUACUGGACAAAUCUAAAUCAUGUUUUAGCCUCCCAAGCUAUGAUUUUAUUUUUAUUUCCUAUUUAACAAAGCUUAAUUCUCUGCUUGAAUUCCGGUUGGUGAUUUGUCUUCAUUUUAUGAAUUAGGGGUUAAACAAUAAGGUUUAUAGUCAUUACAGGGGAAAUCCUGCUUGGAUUCUUGGCGAUAGGAUUAGUAAAGGGUGUUAAUGUUUUAAAACAUUUAGUUUUUUGCUUGUUCCUAAAUAAUGCAGUGCUGGACAGCUUUGUAGAAACAGAGGUGGGGGAUUCGAUUGCUUAAUUCUUAUAAAACCCUCCAUAUUCAGCUUUACAAAACCAUUCUUAAGAGGGCAAGGAAAUCCCCUGAUAAUUGAGCUUUAUUUGCAGUAAGGCGUAUGCAAUUCUAAGGAACUGGCAUCUGUGAUGUAGAAUUUAUCUGCAGUGUACGUCAAGGAUGCACCACUGUUUUGUACGUUGGCAUUUCGUGAAAUUUCAAUAGAACACUUGAUAGUUGGUUACCAGCUGUAAUUGGGUUUAGGGAUUAAAAUGUUUUUAUAGUUGACAAAGGCUCUGCAGAGUAAAGUAAAUUUUCUGCAUUUCUCACUCAAAAAUGUGUAUUUAAUGGUGAAUACUGAGAUAUUCUGCUAUCACUAUUGUCAUGCUAUGUUAAGAAGAGUAUGUUUGGUAUAGAAUGAGCAGAACCACUCCUGCAGGGUGCCCCGAGCAUUAUCAAGGUUAUUUUCUGAAGUUGGUAUUCAGAAUUCAAACUUAAAGGAACACUAUAGCGUUGGGAAUGCUAACCUGAAUUCCUAACACUAUAGUGUCCCUCUCCCUACCUCUAAAUCAGUGUCAUCUGUACUUCCACCAGCAAAAAAUAAUUGUUGCUUAACGUAUUCAAACACCGAGGCUCCCUCGACACUACUAACCUCCCAUCCCCUGCUGAAAUCACCCUCCGUGAGUGUCUAGUCCAAUACUUCUCUUAGAGGAGCAUUCGGGACCUAAUGCACAUUCACUACGCAGGCAUUCAAAAUUCCCAAUAGAAAAGUAUUAUGUUAAUGCUUUCCUACGGGUUUUUCGUGUCACAUUAUGGGGUUUUGUUCCACGGAAGCACCUGUAGUGGAGGAAUUAACCCUGCAAUGUCACAUUGCAGUGUUAAGAAGAUUAGGACACUGCACCCAGACCACUUUAUCUCAAUGAAGUGGUCUGGGUGACUAUAGUGUUCCUUUAAGGCCAAAAUAGCUGAACUGGAAAAAUUCUGUCAGCAAUGCUUACAGUUAAACUACCUCUGCCUAAAGUUUAAAAUUCACAUAGAAACAUAGAAUGUGACGACAGAUAAGAACCAUUCGGCCCAUCUAGUCUGCCCAAUUUUCUAAAUACUUUCAUUAGUCCCUAGCCUUAUCUUAUAGUUAGGAUAGCCUUAUGCCUAUUCCACGCAUGCUUAAACUCCUUUACUGUGUUAACCUCUACCACUUCAGCUGGAAGGCUAUUCCAUGCAUCCACUACCCUCUCAGUAAAGUAAUACUUCCUGAUAUUAUUUUUAAACCUUUGCCCCUCUAAUUUAAGACUCUGUCCUCUUGUUUUUCUUCUCUUAAAUAUAAUCUUCUCCUUUACUUACAUUGAAUUUUCCCUUUCGUAAUUAACCCUGUAUACUUUAUAAUACUGCCAUUUUCCUUUUAACAUGCAAACUCCUUUGCCCAAAUGAAAAAGGGAAAGAAAAAAAAAACCAUAAAGCUGUAAAAUACUCCAUUACAUAUCUUUUAAUUAUAUAAUUUUUUCCCCCAUCUAUUUUUCACUAUGAUUUCCACUUAAAAUAAAGGUGCCAAUCUUGUUAUCUAGCGAAUUUGAAUCAGUAAUGUUAGCCACACAUUUACAUAGCUAGUUCAGUAUAACCUUAACCAGGGACCCCAUUAUAAAAUGUCCGCAUUCGCAAUGCUCAUGUCUUGAAUCAUAGAAGUGGUCCGCACUGGGUUAUGAAUGGCUGUGGUAGAUUAUAUACCAGGAGAUUGUCAUGGGAAUGCCCUUGUCUAUGUGCAGCUUACUGCAGACUGGAUUUUAUUAUACAUUUUGUUGUAUAGAUUGCGCUGUGCACCUCACAUUUUGUAACCAGCUGUAAACAUCCAUUGUGCUUGCUAUAAUUGUAUUACAAUGACAACCUAUUAGUAAAAUGGCUUUGAGCAUCUGGUUUUCUAUGCAAGAAGCAACCACAACCUGUAGCCAAUAUCCCCUCAUGCUGUUCUUUGGUUUAGUGCAGUAUUUAAACGCGGGGAAGCGAUAAUGUGAUCCCUGCAGAUUCUAAAGCGGUUGUGCGUGUAGUAUAUUAUUUUAUUUCAUAAUGGAUUCUGACCCGCGCAUAAUUCAACCUGUGUCUGGGACAGAUAAUGUGACUUUCUUCCUAUUCCAUAAAGUGUCAAAGGUUCCGCUUCUUCUAAAUGUAUCGUUCUUUUUAACCUUCGGUGAAGGAUGAAGGGAGGGGGGAUUCUCUCCCCUUCCCGUUAAUCCACAUUACACAGUCAGUGCACUGAAAAAUCCCUCUAGAAAGCAGUUUGCGAGGAGGCUGGGCCUUUUCACCUGGCUAAUGCCAUUUACACAAUUGGUUGGCUGUAUGUUAAUAUUCCAGAUUCCCAGGCAUUCACCAGCAGAAUUGCACUUCCAUUAAGCAGAGCACUUGUUCACCUCAUUAACCACUGCAAAGGCAGCCCUGAAAAUUGACACAUUUUGCAAGCUGCUGUCACCGUGCACCACGUCUCGUGUUUACAAUUGUGCUGUGCCCAGCUUAGUUUAUUUUCCCUGCAGUGCAAGGAAGAGGGCGGGGGGUUCUUGCUUUUUAAAUUGACAGACGUCACAUUGAUACACUGCAGUAGUUUUAAACACCUAUUUUCAGUUUGAAAGGGCCUGUCUCUUCCUUGAUAGAUCAUUCCCAACUAACACUGCUCCCCGCAAGCCUUAGAGAUGGCAUUAGCCCUUGUAGUGGGGGCUGUGUGACUAUGGCAGACAGGCGGGCAUGUAUGUUUCUAAGACCAUUUAUAUUUCUCUUCAUAUUUUUAACUCUCCAAGUUAAUUUUUCUUAACAAAUGAAAGAUUACAGUUAAAGCUUAUUUUGUGUGAAGUUUAUUUUUUGAGUUCUAGUGACCCAGGUUUCAAAAAUAGGGAGACGGUUCCAUUUCAGCCAUUUUGUCUGUCUAAGUUUGUUUCUGUCUGCUACUUUCUGUACAUUAACACUUUCUCUUAACACAGGUGCUUUUAUCUUGCUUCCUUUAAACACUAAGUCGUGCUUACGAGUAUAUGGUUUAAGUAAAAAAGAAACCAAAAUUUAAAAAAACUAUUAGCUGAGAAGGGGACUGUCUCCUCUCAAGAUAUUUAAUAUUUUGUUCACCUAUCCCCUUUAAUUAACAAAUACAUUUUUAUAGCAUCUAACAACAAAAAAACUUAAAUGCUAUAAUCCACACUGCUGUAUUUACAGUGUUUCCCCAAAAAUAAGACAUCCCCUGAAAAUAAGCCCUAGCUUAUCUUUGGGGGACGCUUGUAAUGUAAGCACUAGUCGCUUGUUUACUAAUCUGUUUUUCCCCGAACAUAGAUUUGCGGUACUCCAUGCACUAUUAAACUGGUCUAUGUUCAGGGAAAUUCUCCUGAACAUAGACCUGCUUUCUAGCACAUGCUUACUACCAGCUUUCCCCGAAAAUAAGCCCUAGUGCAUCAUUGGGGGGGAGGGGUGGGGGGGAAUUAAUAAAAGACGGUACCUCUGUCACCACCAGCUCUGUGGUGCAAUACCCUUGUAGGCUCACUGUAUUAUGCAGUGAUAUGUAGUUAAAUGUGGGAUAUUCUCUGGGACUUAAAGCUUUUGAGCAUUUCAUUUUCUAUAAACAGCUACUUCAUUCCACAAUGGUGUCAUACAUACGGUCUCUGCUGUUAUCUGUUUAGAGACCCUUCUGUUUUUCAUAUUGUGCUGGCAGUUUGGGAGUCUGUAUUCCAAAACACAUACGUAUUUUAUACAUAAACCCAUGAGAAAGCAUUUGAGGAAUUUUAUGAGGUUCUGUAUGUGAAAGGAACAUUCAGAAGGAUUGAAACACAUAGGGGGACAAUAUAAAGUUAAUUGCCAUUUUUCCAAAAUUAAUUGCCCUCUGUAUUUCUUGAAUGCGUAGGGACAAAAACAUUUAUUUUAUAGAAAAUCACGCACAUCUUCUGAUGUCAGAGGUUUAUUAUUUAUUGAUGAGAACAUUAAUGUAAGUGUAUCCAAAAUGGUGAGAACUUAGAUUAAAUGCUUAAGGUUGGCAGACUCUAUACCAAUAUUGAGUAACUUGUGUAAUUAUUUUUAUUUAUUUUUUAGUUUGGUGUGUAGUUUUUGUGUGUAGUUUUUUCUUGGUAAAUAUAUAGUACACUCUAGUAUUCUGUUUAAUUAUUUGACACUAAUGCUCUUAGACUGAGCAAAACUCUUAUUUCUUAGUGUUUUUUUCUUAACCUAUGUAGAUUGGUUUUGUGUUUUCCAGUUAUAAUAAAAACACAAUACAUUAACCUGUAAUCCAGCGGCAGGACAUUUUCAUCACUGCAGUCCAAUCCUAAUCCAGUGAAGUCCUCUAUCCUGAUGACUUUUGUUUGAGCAGAUGCUAUUCACAGACUAAAGGUCCUUUUUCAGGAUUGGUAAAUUUGAUAAUUGCUUUGUGUUAUUAAACUUAAGGCUCUGUGCAUGACUUAUUUUUUUAUUUAUUUAUUUUCUUCAACCCAGGCGGCUGCUUACGCCUCCGAGGAUGGCAUUCUGACCGAAGAAAUGAUUGACGCUCGUGUAGCUGACGCAAUCCGCCAGCAUCAGCAGAAAAUGGAAUGGCUUAAGGCAGAGGGUAAAGAGGAAAGCAAAGAAUCAGGAAAAAAUCCUUUACAGCCGCUCCUUCAGGGUACCCCUGUUUGACAGCACUACUAAAAAAAAAAAAUGCCUGAACUGCCUCAAUCUUCUGUCCACAAGUGAAAUGCCAAUAGCUGCCGUUAACAGCCCCCGAUAUUAACCUCUGCGUCCAGUGAAGUCACGGGAGCAUAGUGGAAGACGUUUUCAGCAGCAGGUUACAGGGAACCAUAGAUGAAUACUCAGAAGUUCCUUACUUCCAUUUCACUUUUCAUUCCCUAACGAACUCAUUCGUCCUUUUUAUAUUCUUUUUAGGGUAAUUGUGAUUAUUAAUAUAUUAUGUGAAAAUGGAUAAUUUUGUUUUAAAACUUAAUUAAGCUGUGGCAAUAAAAUAAUUCCUGGUGAAAUGGAGAGGAUAAUUUGUUGUUGUGUUCAUAAUCUUUUUGAAAAACAAAAACUAAUUUUAUCUUGCGAGUGUAUACAAAUGUUUCAGUAAAUAAUUCACUAUGCAGGGUAUUGGAGUGCUCUUUGCAGAGCUGUUUUUUCCCAGCAUGGACUCCCGUUUAACAAUAAUGAAAUGACACCAGCGACUGCUGUCUUUCACACUGCAGAUGUUUACGGUUUGAUAGCUCGCUGAUCAACAUGGCAAAUGUACCGGACAACAGUAGAACUGGUAGUAACAUAUCAAUGAUAUAUACAUUUGUGUUGUACGUACACUGUACUAGCUAAUUGAG